AUGAAGGGCGGCCGGAACUGGCUGAUAGGUUCCGCACUCGUCUCAACACUUAUUUAUUUAUCCAUUGCACAGGUUAGUUUUUUCGAAAUUUCAAUUUUUAUUUAUUUUCUGGUUUUUUUGUCUAUGUAUUUUUUUAUCUGAAAAUAUUUUUUUGAAUUUUUUCCUUGCUCAUUUAAAUUUGUGUCUUCUCUGUAUCUUUCUUAAUUAUGCCAUCAAAACAUAUUCUGCUAACAUUAAAAUUUAAUUAAUUAAAAUAUUCAAGUUAUAUUGUCAGUCCGAAAUUUUGUGACCCUUGUAAGACCGAUAUGGCCUAGAAAACCAAAUAUUUUCUCUGUCAAUAUAAAAAAUUAAAGAAACCGCGAAGUCUACUGUAUUUUGGUUUUCUCUUCCACAGCUCUUAUUUUUUCGGUUUGACAAUAUUUGUUUGUAAAUUCAAAAUAAUACGCUGAUUUCUGCAUUGGCUCUAAUUUCUACAAAUGUUUCUAGAUUUUUUACUCGUAUUUAUUUUCCUGCUCUUUUAUUUUUUUCUGUAUUUUUUUUAAUUUUUCAUGUAUUUAUUGAGAAUUUACUGAUUCCUAAAAUUUCAAUUCAUUUUUAAUUCUUGAAAAAUCUGUCUUGAAAUAAUUUCAACAUUUUACGGUAAAGUUAUUUUGUCCUACUCUAUUCUCUUGUGCUUUUUUUUUUUGCUAAUUCCAGUUCUGUUAUUUUUCACAAAUUUUAAAUCUAUUUUUGGUCGCAAAUUAUUUUCUUUUCCACAUAUUUUUUUCUCCUCUCAAGAAUUAAUUUUGGAAUUUUUCAAAAAUCUAAACAAAUUAAACUAAUUCAGAUUUUAAAAAUUAAAAACUACUAGGGGCCGUUAGCCUCCAAGCGGAACAGGCUCUUUUGUUAAGACAUCUUUUUUUCUCCCAUCAGAAAUUUUGUUCCCAUUCAUUGAGCAUGGAAUGAAAUUUUUUACGGCUGAAAAAGAGAAUCUGGUUUUUGAAGUCACUCCAAAUUUCCGAUAUCCUCAGCCAACAUAUUUUUUAUUUUUUUUAAAUUUAUUUUUAUAUUUAACUACAAAACUCAGACUCUCAUCUUCAGCCACUGAAAUCCACUCACAAAAAACUGUUCUUAUUUUUAAAAAUUACAUUUCAUAAUCCUAAAAAAAGUUAAUAAAAAAGCAUUUUGUUUGAACAGUACUCAAUAAAUGCUCAUUAAAUGAAUUGCAAUCAAUUUAAGCCUGAAAUCUUGAAAUUUGGCUCGAUAAUGAUUCAUUUGUAAAACUGGAAGAGAUUUCAGAUUUACAAAUUUUGACCCAAAAAUUUUAUCAAAAAGGUAGAUAAAUAAGAAAAAUGAACGUACAGAAAUUGAGGAUAAUAAAUUUAAAGAAGAAGCCGCUGCAUAAAAAAUAAUAUAUUUUCAUAUACAUAAAAAAAGUUUAUUGAUCGAGUCAAAAAGUAGUGAAGUUUUUAAUAUAUUCAUUAUUUGUCCCUUGAAUUGACAAUUUCUAAAACUAUAAUAUAUUUUUGAUUAUAUUUUUUUCUUAUUCUAUUUUCUGAUUUCUGAUCUCUAGGUAAAUAGUUCUAAAAAAAUUUUUAAAUUCAGUUUUCCUAAUUUCAUUUUUUUCUCGAAUUACUGUGAAAUGUAUCUUAUUUAUCAAUUUCAUAUAUCAAAAAGUUCUGAAUUUUAAAAAUUCUUCGAAGCUGUAAUUUUUGGAAAACAAUAAAAAUUUUUCAGGAAUUACUUCCUUCAACCGAAGUAGAAACCCUUGCACAAGACUUACAAAUACAAGAAUGGAUGCGAACUUUGAGACGUGUCAAACGUUCGCCAACAAGAAGUAGGUUUCAUUUUCCUUUUUCAAAAAUUCUCAUUCUUUUUUCAUGCUUCUUUAUUUCUUUCUAUCUAUUUUUGAAACUUCUCACUAAAUUUCAAUCAAAUACAGGUUAUCUCAAAGAAUGUUGCACUGUUCGCGCGUCUUCGCAGCGGAAACUGCCAGGUGAUUAGAGAAAAUCAUCGAUGAAGGGAAGAGAACAUUUUGAAGUUGUAAACAAUAUUUGAGUAAAAUAUUUGAAAAUUCACAAAAUUUGCUAAUUUUUAAAUAUUUAUCAAAAAAAAAAUCAGAGAACUUGAAAUUUUAUUGAAAAAUAGAUACAUGAAUCUAAAUUCUAGCAAUAUUGUUCAUAUAAUUUUUCUCAGCCCUUCUCGAACCUUCGAUGAUCUUCAACCACUAAUUUACCAUUUCUUCAAAAUUAUAGACGUGCAACCGAUUCUCGUUGUUUUACCGGGUUUCGAUCCAGCUCGCGCUCCUCCCUAUUUCCACAAUCUAAUGUUUCCGGAACCAUUGAAACGGCGUCGUGCAAAACGAGCCAGAUUCUGUCCAAUUCUGGGUAUCUCUGAUCUGCGCUUUACUUCUAUCUCUAUCUUGCUUGCAUGUUUUUGGGGCCGCAAAAAGAAUGAGUCUUUGAGAAAAAUAUCAUUUUUAUUGUCUUGUAUAGUUUCCAAAAAAAUUGAGAAACACAUUUCUGCUUUUUGAAAAAAAUGACACGAGUUCAAUGUUUCAAAAAAACAGGCACUCGACCAGAACCAGUCGUUGUUGGAAGAAACGGAACUGGUAAAUGUGUCGUGUCUGCUGAUCGAGCUUCGCAUUUUUGCGGAAUGGAAGAAGAAGGUGACAAACAAUGUUGUAUUGUUAACCUAUUGUGUAUUGGUCCUAACUUUCAAACUCAUAUUUUGAAACUAACCAAAAACUAAAACUUAGAAAAAUGUUUUUUGAAACCAAAAUUGCAUGGUUGUUGUUAUUUUUAUUUGAUCAAGAUUUCUAUUUCAAAAAAUAAUCGAUUAAUUUUUAGUGUCAACACCUCCAAUUGCUCCACCAGAUGAAGGUAGAUGUAAAGUAUCAAAGGUAAAAUUUAGAAGAGAUAUAGAGAAAAAUAAACAAAUCCGUACAUUUUCAGCAGUCUGGACGAGAAGUAUGCUUCCCUUCAUAUUCUGAACUCGAUACAACAUGUACUGAUGUUACGGGACAAUCUCCAGGCGCUUUAGUUGUUCCACCAGCAGUUGCUCAUGCAACGUAAGUUAGGCGAUAAAAAAAAUAUCGCACGAUUCUUUUGAAUAAAAAAAUCUUCAGUGUUCGAGCGAUGGCUUUUGUUCCACCGGACAAUCUUCGACGAUUGAUCAUCCAAUAUUAUCGACAACAAGGAAAACAUCUUCCGAAAAAUGCCACUUUUUCACCAAGGUUGGUUAAGUUUGAAAAUAGAGUUUGGAUAACUUCAGCUUUUGUUUUUCAAAAGGUUCAAGAAUUGUUGAACGUACGUAUAGAAUUGAUAAAUUCCAUAAAUUUUCUGAUACGUUUGAGAAAAAAUUGUUCUUAUAGUUUAGGUUUUUCGAGUCUAGUGAUUGUAAUAUUCAAAAGAUGCCGUACCUUCAAAGUUCUAUCAGAUCUGAGAUUUUGCCAAUGAAAUACCUCCAAUUACAGAUCAUUUCUAUUUGUCAAAUAUCAAUGCGAAUCUGGUUAUCAAUUGGUAGACGAAAUCGAUACAAUGUAUUGUCAAGACAAAACCUGGGUACAAACAAAGCCAGAAUGUCGUGGAACUGGCGCUUGUGCAGAUAAUAACGGUGGAUGUAGUCAUACUUGUCAAUCACCAAAUGGUGAUGACGUUGUAUGUAGUUGUCCACGUGGAAUGACUUUAGAUGACAAUUUGAAAAACUGUAUUAGUAAGUAUAAAAUGGAAAUAAAAAUAAUACUAAUUUUUGAAUUGUUUUUAGAGCCUGUUCCAAAACAAUUAUGUCGAUCGAUUGCUGGAUGUAGCUGUAGUGCAAUUUCGGAGAAUUCACAAUAUGCAUGUUCGUGUCCUAAUAAACAGAAAUGUUUAUUGUUAGCCGGAGAGCCAAAAAUCUAUAUCGAACCACAAGGUCCAUAUAAUGUUGGUCCUGGUGGAAAUAUUAAUAUAACAUGUUCAGCAGUUGCAUAUCCUUUUCCUGAGAUUUAUUGGAUGAAGUGAGUUGUUUAUAAAUAAACUGGAAACACUCAAAUAAAUUUUCACUUUUUAGGAAUGGUGAAAUCUUAUCACAAAAUCAUAAUAGUGCUUCGCAAUUGAGAUCUGACCAAGUUCUGAUUGUUAAAGAAAUAUUCGCAAACUCCGAAUUUGUCUGUCGAGCAAAUAAUAGUCGCGGUUCAGUUGAACGACCAAUUUCUGUUGUUGUGACAGGACCAGGUUCAGCUCCAGUAAUCAAGAAUGCGAAAAAUGGAAGAUCGACUAUUUCUAUUCGUUGGGAUAUGCCAGCAAUUAUUAAUCGACCAGUCACUUCUUACACUUUAUAUUAUACAAAUAACGAAGAUCUUCCCAUUAAAAACUGGAAAACGAUUGAGAUCAAAGAACCAAUUAGAGAAGCCGAAAUUCCUGGAUUAAGAUCUGAUACUGUUUAUAGUAUUAGAUUACGGGCGAAUGACAAUUUGGGAGGAGGAAAAAUUGGAAAUAUCAUGCGGAUAAGUACUUUGAAACCAGCACAAAGACCAGUUAUCCAUAUUGUGGAAGGAGAAGAACUUCGUGUUCCACCGAUGACACCAUUUGAAAUUAGUUGUAAUGUUACAAAAGCUGACCCAACACCAAGAAUGACAUGGUUACACAAGUAAGUAUUUUUAUAGAUAAAUUUCCACUUCCUUGAAGCUAAUUUACUAUUUUUUUCAGUAAUCGUGCUCUCAACAAUGGAGAUAAAAGUGUUCAUAUGAAAAUGAAAAACGGUGGUAUAAUUGAAAGUACAUCAUUCUCUUGUAUCGCUGACAACGAAGCUGGAAAAACCACAAGAACUAUCAAUAUCACAGUAACUGGUAAGCUUCAUCUAAAUACCGAGUAAAAUAUUUUCUAAUUCUCAAAUAUUUUCUCAGGACCAAGUGUGCCGGAACGUAUAAGAUAUCAAAUUGAUGGUGACAAAGUGAUCUUGCAAUGGGAACAACCACAAAUCACCAAUGGUCCGAUGGCUGGCUACGAUGUUUUGUACACCGAUGAUCCAACACUUCCACGUGAUCAAUGGCAAGUUCAUCAUAUUGAUGAUCCAAAUGCUCGAACAACAACAGUUCCACGUCUCAAUGAAAAAACACCGUACACUUUUGUUAUUGUUGGUAGAAAUCGAUUAGGUACGGGUUUGCCGAGUGCACCAUUUACUGCUACAACUUGGCUUGCCGCCAAGCCGCCAGUUGUGCAAAUGGAACCAGAAGAGGAGAUUCAAAAAUCACCAAGCAACGAUGAAAUGGUUAUUGAAUGUGAAGUUCAAGGAGUGCCGAAACCAACUAUUUUCUGGUUGUUUAGCGGUGAUUUGGUUGAUGAUGGAAAGAAUGGAUUCCGAAUUUAUGAUAUUACUCCGGAAGGUGCACAAGAUCGAACUAGACAGAAACUUGUAGCUCAGAGCACAUCUAGAAGUGGUAUUUUAACAUGUCAAGUGAGUUCAAUUCAGAAAUCGUUUACAAAAAAUAAAAAUCUUGAAUUUACCAAAACAUUGUUCAGGGAAUCAACAAAGAAGGAUCAGAUGAGAAACGAGUUCCGAUAAAAAUUCUUGGCCCAGGAAGUCCUCCACUUCAAAUCACACCAACACCAAUACACACAGGUUUUGAUGUUUCUUGGCAACCACCAAAAGUUCCAAAUGGUGUUAUUCAAAACUAUGUGGUUUAUUAUUCAAAAGAUCCAGAUGCACCAUUAUCGGAAUGGGAAUCUAAAACUGUUCCAGCUGAUAGCAGGUUUGUUUCUAAAUAUAUAUUAGAUUUAUUAAGUUUGAUGUUUUUUAGAACUUUGACUGUGAACGUUGAUGAUGAGGACACUCCAUAUGUUGUGAAAGUUCAAGCCACAACUGAUGAUGGUCCAGGAAUAAUUUCAGAAGCCUAUGAAGUUACCACUGGAAGAAAACGUUAGUUUCCUCGGAAAGAACAAGCCAAAACAUUAAUUUCAUUUUAGAAAUUCCAUUGAAUGUGAAACUCGAAGUUACCGAUCCUGUUAUUGAUCCAUCAACCGGAGAAACAAUCGUUGAACCAAAUCACCCGAUUCAUUUCCGAUGUGUGGCUGAUGGCCGCCCAAUGCCAAGUGUUUCAUAUUCAUGGCUACCAAUAAAUGGCUCUGAAAGUGGAGAUGUGAGUUUUUAAAUCUAGAAAACUCAAUAAAAAUUUGAACUCUGAUUCAGGAACCUGUACCAAUUCCAAUUGAUGCUGAUGCUGAUCAACCUCAUCAUUAUAAUUCGAUUCAAGUUUAUUCAACAACUGCCACAAAACGAGUUUUACUUUGUCAAGCAAGAAAUUCAGAUGGAAGUGUUGAAGAUAGACAUACAUUCAUUGUUAAUAGUAAGAUCUAUCAAAUUUUUACAAAAAUCGAAAUUCAGAACUUGGGUCACAAAUUCCAAGAAUAUUUGUAUUUUUCAGAACCUGGAAGUGCCCCACAAAAUGUUGAUGUUAUAGUUGAUCCAGACAAUCGGGUUACUGUAACCUGGGAACCACCAAAGUAUCCAAAUGGAGAAAUAACGGUUUGAUAGAUUUGCAUAGUCUAAUUCAAAAAGUGUUCAUUUUCAGAAAUAUAAUGUCUAUAUCACCGGAGAUCCAUCAUUGCCAGUUGAUCAAUGGCAAGUUUAUCCAGUCGAUGAUGUUAGCGAUCCAAAAUUGAUUCUGGGAAGAGGAACUCUUCAACCAGAAACACCAUAUUAUGUGAAAAUCGCUGCUGUUAAUCCAAAUGGCGAGGGAAUUCACACAGAUCCAAAACAUUUCGAUACAGUCAGUGGAGCACCCAUCGAUUCACCAGCUGAUAUUCUUCCAACAGUUGAUAUUGAUAAUACAGUUAAUAUCACCUGGUCACCUCCACGUCAACCUCUUGGUCCAAUCAGAAGUUAUACAGUUUAUUAUGCACCGGAGAGUGAGGAUGAUGAUUAUAAAAAUUGGCAACGAAUUUCUGUUGACGCUGACGAUUCUGAUGGAGGUGAAACUGUGAUUCCCAAAGAACUUUUGAGCCCAAAUACUCCUUACAAAAUCCGGAUAUCUGCCACAAAUGAUUUAUCCGAAGGACCAGCUUCUGAACCUGUUCGCUUUGAAACUGGAAGCGGUGAAAUUCAACCAACGAUCACAUUAGAACCCAACAAUUCCACGUUCUAUGUUGAUCCACUUGGGGGAGUUACUAUAACUUGUACAGCAUCUGGAGUUCCGCAACCAACAGUUCAUUGGGUCAAACAAGAUGGAGAAAUUGUUGAUGGUUCGAAUCUUGUGAUUUAUGAUGUUGUUAGAGAUACAAGUGCUACUUGUAUUGCCGAAAACAAUGCUGGAAAAGCCCAAGAAGUUGUUCAAAUAUUAGUAAAUGGUCCGGGAACUGCACCAAAUGAGAUUGUUCUACUUCCAAUGCCAAAUCAAGAAGUAAAUAUCGAAUGGACAACGCCUGAUGAAGUUAAUGGACAAAUCACAAAUUAUAUUAUUCAUUAUGGAGAGAUUCCAGAAAGUAAGUUUGUACAAUAACUUUCAAGACAGAACUAUUUUGAAUUAUACUAACUUUAAUUAUUCUUAAUUCAAUUUGAUUUUUAGAUGAAACUGAACCAACUUCAUGGGAAACUGUUACUAUUGGAAGAGAUGACGUAAAUCAUAAACUUGCAAAUCUGGAUCCAAAAACUAAAUUUGCUGUUCGUGUUCAAGCAAUCAGUGAUCGUGGACCGGGUGUGAUAUCUGCACCACAAGUUAUAACAACUUUACCAUUAGGUAUUCAAAAUAUUUGUGACAGAACACAUAUUUUUUCUUACAGCUCCGAAAAAGGUGGAAAAUCCGACUAUAGAAGUGUAUCCCAAUAAUUCGAUCAAGAUUGAGUUUGAACCACCUGUUGAUCCGGAAAAUCCAGAAAGAAAAAUCAAAGAUUUUGUGAUUCAAUAUACCGAUGAAGAAAAUCCAGAUGAAGAUACACAAUGGAAGGAACUCAAGUUCACAGAUCCCAAUGAUUCGGAUGAUAUUUCGGUAAACUUUUUUAAUCUUCAAAAAUUUAAAAUUUUCCCCCGUUUCAGACUGUCAAUAUUGAUGGAGAGAAUUUCAAUCCAGAUACAAAAUACAAUGUUAGAAUUAUUUCGAGAGGAGAAAUCGAUUCACAACCAAGUGAUGUAACAUCUUUCGCUACAGGAGAUGGAGGUUUUUUUUUGAAAUACAAAAUUUGAAGCAAAAAAUUAUUUUUUUAGUUAUCGCUCCAAGUCAACCUGAAUUCAAUGUUCCAACUGAAGACGGUGUUAUUCGUGUUCCAGCUGGCACUGAUUAUACAAUCACUUGUAUCUCGGAAGGAUUCCCAGCUCCUGAACUCAAAUGGGUUGACUCGCAAGGAAACGUAAGCUUACAAUUUUUUUUUUCCGAAAAAAAAAUCAAAAAAUAUUUUCAGCAACUUUCUGAUGGACCUGUUCUGAAAAUCAUUGAUAUUCGAAAAACAUUGGAUGCUAAAUGUAUUGCGGAGAAUCGAGGCGGUGUCAAAGAAACACCUCUGACCAUUUUUGUAGCAGGUAUGAUUUUUUUUUUGAAUUUUGGUUGGCAUUAAGCAAAAGUUUUUAGGUCCUGGAACCUCGCCAGAAAAUAUUCUUUUGACUGCAAAUAAGCCUGCAACAAUUACUGUCCAAUAUGAAGUUCCAAGUAUUCCAAACGGAAAUAUUACCAAAUAUAUCAUCUACUACACACCUUUGGAUGAUCAAGAUCCAGAUCAUCAAAUUGGUCAAGUUCAAACCAAACCAAUUAAUGAAUGGCAAAAUGUUCAUGAUACAAAUGAUGGAGUAUGUUAAAAUUCCUACAGUAAACUCUGUUAAUAUCAAAAUUUUCUUUAAGGCUGAAGGUCCACGAUUCGUCGAUAUCACUGAUUUCGUAAACACAGAUACUGCUUACGCAGUUGUUGUUCAAGCUAUAAACGAUGAUGGACCUGGUCCAUAUUCUAAUCAAUACACAAUUCGAACAAUGUCUCGUGCAAGAGAAGGUCCACCAGUUGAUUUGAGAGUUGAACCUGAUGGUCAACGAUCAGCUGUUGUCAAUUGGAAAGAACCUGUAACAUCUGAUGUGAAACCGAUUGGUUAUGAAAUCUAUUAUGUUCGGGGUGACAAGAAAGUUGAAGAAGACGAUUCAGCUGGUUUGAAUGACUGGUGAUUUGAAAUUAAUCAGAUGUAGUUAUGCCUAAUCUAUAUUUUUUCAGGAUCAAAAUUUCUAUCGACGAUCCCAGCAAACUGAGUCAUAAAAUUCAGAACCUUCUUCUCCCAGACACUGAUUAUGUUUUCAAAAUGAGAGCAAUUUAUCCAGAUGGACCGAGCAUUUUCUCUGAACCUUGCAUUAUGAAAACACUUCCAGACGGUAAGAUUUCUUCACAUAAAUAAUGAAAACAAUUCGAUUCAGGAAAUGCACCAUAUAUUCAAAUUUCAACUGGAGAUAAUGGCGUAGAAGGAAGUACAACUAUUCAAAUUCUUCCCGGUUCACAGAUGACUGUUGCUUGUAAUGCAACUGGAAUGCCACAACCACAAGUUAAAUGGAUCAAGGCUGGAAACUAUGAGAUCGAUCCAAGUAGAGUUGAUGCUGAUGGAAAUCAUGCUCAAUUCUCGUUGAAAGUUGGGAACAUUACCGAAGAUACUGUUUUCAACUGUGUUGCUCAAAAUCCAUUGGGUCAAGCGAAUUGGACAAUUAAUGUGAAUUUGAUUGACGGACUAGAACCAAAUUGGCGUGAUGAUUUUGUUAUUUCAAAACCCGAAGGAGGCCAGAUUGUUCUCGUUUUCAGUGAUGAUAUUCCAGAUUAUUUGAAGCCACCGGUAAGUUUACAACAUCAUUAUUAUAUAAAGAAAGGAAAAAAUAAAAUGUUUCUAUUUAGAACGAUUGGACAAUUCAUUAUACUGAUGAUCCUGAACUCCCAGAAGGAGAAUGGGAACAAAUUCCAUCAGGUGGUUCUCCAUUAACCCAUGUUGAAGUACCAAACAUGAAUCCGGGAACCUAUUAUUAUCUCGUUGUUGAUAAUCCUGAUAAGGGAAUUCAAACUCCAACAUUGGUGGUUAUGACACCAAGUAAGUUUUCACUUUUGAUUCAUAGUUGGACCGAAACUCCAAGAUCACGAGCGAGAAAUAUAGAUGUUUUUUUAAAAAUGUAUAUAUGUAUUUCCCCGAACCUCUAUUUUUCUCACUGUUGCCUUCUAAACUCCAAAACUUGCUUGAAAAAAUUAAUGCUGAAUUUCAGAACCACCAAGUGAAAUUCGAUUUGGAAAAAACAAUGACGAUGAACAAAUCAUUGAUUUCAAACCUGCAAUCGCUUCUGAACCAGUCAAAGACUAUGUUAUAAGUAUUUGGCCUGUUGAUGAUCCGACAAACGUGAGAAAAAUCACUACACCUGUUGAUAAGACAACUGGAGUUGUAAUUGGAGGAUUAGAGCCAGACACGGAAUAUAAUGUUCAAGUUGCUGCACAAUUUUAUGAAGAAGAUGAGCUUGCAAGUGAACCAAUCACUUUGAGAACGCCACCGAGAGGUAGAAUUUUACAACACCUAAAAAUUCAGAAAUUCAGCCUCAAGAUCAGAACUCGAAGCACGUUUUUCUGCUUUCUGAAUAUUGAUAUUAAGUUCUAGCCAAAAGUUACACUUGAAUUUUCAGAUGUUUCCUGUGAUUGCGCACAUGCUUGUACAUUCGAAGAAUCGGAAGACGGCAAGCUAGAGCCGAAAUGUUAUUGUCAUGAUGGCUUCCAUUUGAGCACAGAUAACAAGUCAUGCGAACAAGAUGAAGAAGGCGAAACUUCGCAACAAGUUUUGCAGGUAUAUAAAUAUGAUAUAACUAAUAUUAUACUUAAGUUAUUUUUUGAGGUCACCCCGCCUUCACUGACAACAAAAGGAGAACCAGAAGAAAUAUCGACAACAGUCAUACCAGAUGAUUUGAAAACAACGACGAAACCACAUGAGUCUGUUGUUGGGCCAGAUGGAAAUCCUCUGCCAACAAAUAAGAAAGGAAAUCAAGUAGAUAGCUCAGGAAGGCCGAUAAAAUUUGAUGAAGAAGGAAAACCUGUACCUCCAAAAGGUUCCCAAUUGGAAAAAAAUGAGAAAGGAGAAUGGAUUUAUCCACUUGUCGAUAGAACUGGAAAACUCUUACCGCUGGAUGAGAACAACAAACCAAUCAUAACAGCGGUUGAUAAAAAUGGAGAUCCAUUAGUUCAGUCGCCAGAAGGUAAUUUGGUUACGGCAGAUGGAAAAAUUGUCGAAGUUGAUUCACUCGGUCGACCGAUUGAUGAGGAUGGGAAUCCAUAUGUUGUUGAUAAAGAAGGAAGAUUUGUGGUACAGGAUGGAGAUGGUGCAUUAGAGGAAGAUUACGAGGAUGAACAACCAAUGAUCCCAAUAAUUAUAUAUGGUGAUGAUGAUGGGAAAUUUUUAGAUGAAAAUGGGGAAGAAGUUGAAACCGAUGAGAACGGAAUUCCCGUUGAUAUGAAAGGAGAUCCACUGCCGACUAAUAGCGCGGGACAAUACUACAAAAUGAAAGAACCUCUAACAACACAGAAACCAAUUUAUCCAAUUGUUGGAGCUGAUGGUACCCCAUUACCAACAGACGUUUCGGGUGCUUAUAUUGGACCAGAUGGUGAACCAAUUUCUACAGAUUCAAGUGGAAAGCCAGUCAACAAAAAUAAUGUUCCGCUACCAACUGACUCACAAGGAAAUUAUGUUUCAGUCCCAGAAGGCGAAGAUGGAGUCGCGAAACAACUACCAACCGAUGAGUCUGGAAAUGUUAUUCAUCCAAUCACAAAACCAGACGGAACUCCUUUGGCUACUGAUGACUCGGGCAACUUCAUAACUGACGAUGGCACGAUUAUUCAAAAAGAUGAUGAAGGCAAGCCAAUUGGGCCAGACGGACAAAUUCUUGCUACAGACUCUACAGGAAACUUCAUCUACCCAGUAACAGGAAAAGAUGGAGAACCACUUCCUACAGAUGAAAAUAAUCGACCAAUUUAUCCGAUUGUUGGAGCUGAUGGCACACCAUUGCCGACCGAUGCCUCUGGAGCUUAUAUUGGACCAGAUGGUGAACCAAUUACUACAGAUUCAAGUGGGAAGCCAGUUAACAAAGAUAAUGUUCCUCUACCUACUGACUCACAAGGAAAUUAUGUUUCAGUCCCAGAAGGCGAAGAUGGAGUCACAAAACAACUACCAACUGAUGAGUCUGGAAAUGUUAUUCAUCCAAUCACAAAACCAGACGGAACUCCUUUGGCUACUGAUGACUCUGGUAACUUCAUAACUGACGAUGGCACGAUUAUUCAAAAAGAUGAUGAAGGCAAGCCAAUUGGGCCAGACGGACAAAUUCUUGCUACAGACUCUACAGGAAACUUCAUCUACCCAGUAACAGGAAAAGAUGGAGAACCACUUCCUACAGAUGAAAAUAAUCGACCAAUUUAUCCGAUUGUUGGAGCUGAUGGCACACCAUUGCCGACUGAUGCCUCUGGAGCUUACAUUGAUUCAAACGGAAAUCCAAUUACUACAGAUUCAAGUGGGAAGCCAGUUAACAAAGAUAAUGUUCCUCUACCUACUGACUCACAAGGAAAUUAUGUUUCAGUGCCAGAAGGCGAAGAUGGAGUCACAAAACUACUACCAACUGAUGAGUCUGGAAAUGUUAUUCAUCCAAUCACAAAACCAGACGGAACUCCUUUGGCUACUGAUGACUCGGGCAACUUCAUAACUGACGAUGGCACGAUUAUUCAAAAAGAUGAUGAAGGGAAGCCAAUUGGGCCAGACGGACAAAUUCUUGCUACCGAUAAUUCUGGAAAUUACAUCUAUCCAGUAACAGGAAAAGAUGGAGAACCACUUCCUACAGAUGAAAAUAAUCGACCAAUUUAUCCGAUUGUUGGAGCCGAUGGCACACCAUUGCCGACCGAUGCCUCUGGAGCUUACAUUGAUUCAAACGGAAAUCCAAUUUCUACAGAUUCAAGCGGAAAGCCAGUUAACAAAGAUAAUGUUCCGCUACCAACUGACUCACAAGGAAAUUAUGUUUCAGUGCCAGAAGGCGAAGAUGGAGUCGCGAAACAACUACCAACUGAUGAGUCUGGAAAUGUCAUUCAUCCAAUCACAAAACCAGACGGAACUCCUUUGGCUACUGAUGACUCGGGCAACUUCAUAACUGACGAUGGCACGAUUAUUCAAAAAGAUGACGAAGGCAAGCCAAUUGGGCCAGACGGACAAAUUCUUGCUACAGACUCUACAGGAAACUUCAUCUACCCAGUAACAGGAAAAGAUGGAGAACCACUUCCUACAGAUGAAAAUAAUCGACCAAUUUAUCCGAUUGUUGGAGCUGAUGGCACACCAUUGCCGACCGAUGCCUCUGGAGCUUAUAUUGGACCAGAUGGUGAACCAAUUUCCACAGAUUCAAGCGGAAAGCCAGUUAACAAAGAUAAUGUUCCGCUACCAACUGACUCACAAGGAAAUUAUGUUUCAGUGCCAGAAGGCGAAGAUGGAGUCACAAAACAACUACCAACUGAUGAGUCUGGAAAUGUUAUUCAUCCAAUCACAAAACCAGACGGAACUCCUUUGGCUACUGAUGACUCGGGCAACUUCAUAACUGACGAUGGCACGAUUAUUCAAAAAGAUGAUGAAGGGAAGCCAAUUGGGCCAGACGGACAAAUUCUUGCUACCGAUAAUUCUGGAAAUUACAUCUAUCCAGUAACAGGAAAAGAUGGAGAACCACUUCCUACAGAUGAAAAUAAUCGACCAAUUUAUCCGAUUGUUGGAGCUGAUGGCACACCAUUGCCGACCGAUGCCUCUGGAGCUUAUAUUGGACCAGAUGGUGAACCAAUUUCAACAGAUUCAAGCGGAAAGCCAGUGAACAAAGAUAAUGUUCCUCUACCAACUGACUCACAAGGAAAUUAUGUUUCAGUGCCAGAAGGCGAAGAUGGAGUCGCAAAACAACUACCAACCGAUGAGUCUGGAAAUGUUAUUCAUCCAAUCACAAAACCAGACGGAACUCCUUUGGCUACUGAUGACUCGGGCAACUUCAUAACUGACGAUGGCACGAUUAUUCAAAAAGAUGAUGAAGGGAAGCCAAUUGGGCCAGACGGACAAAUUCUUGCUACCGAUAAUUCUGGAAAUUACAUCUAUCCAGUAACAGGAAAAGAUGGAGAACCACUUCCUACAGAUGAAAAUAAUCGACCAAUUUAUCCGAUUGUUGGAGCUGAUGGCACACCAUUGCCGACCGAUGCCUCUGGAGCUUAUAUUGGACCAGAUGGUGAACCAAUUUCCACAGAUUCAAGCGGAAAGCCAGUUAACAAAGAUAAUGUUCCGCUACCAACUGACUCACAAGGAAAUUAUGUUUCAGUCCCAGAAGGCGAAGAUGGAGUCACAAAACAACUACCAACUGAUGAGUCUGGAAAUGUUAUUCAUCCAAUCACAAAACCAGACGGAACUCCUUUGGCUACUGAUGACUCGGGCAACUUCAUAACUGACGAUGGCACGAUUAUUCAAAAAGAUGAUGAAGGCAAGCCAAUUGGGCCAGACGGACAAAUUCUUGCUACCGAUAAUUCUGGAAAUUACAUCUAUCCAGUAACAGGAAAAGAUGGAGAACCACUUCCUACAGAUGAAAAUAAUCGACCAAUUUAUCCGAUUGUUGGAGCUGAUGGCACACCAUUGCCGACCGAUGCCUCUGGAGCUUAUAUUGGACCAGAUGGUGAACCAAUUUCCACAGAUUCAAGCGGAAAGCCAGUUAACAAAGAUAAUGUUCCGCUACCUACUGACUCACAAGGAAAUUAUGUUUCAGUCCCAGAAGGCGAAGAUGGAGUCACAAAACAACUACCAACUGAUGAGUCUGGAAAUGUUAUUCAUCCAAUCACAAAACCAGACGGAACUCCUUUGGCUACUGAUGACUCUGGUAACUUCAUAACUGACGAUGGCACGAUUAUUCAAAAAGAUGAUGAAGGGAAGCCAAUUGGGCCAGAUGGACAAAUUCUUGCUACCGAUAAUUCUGGAAAUUACAUCUAUCCAGUAACAGGAAAAGAUGGAGAACCACUUCCUACAGAUGAAAAUAAUCGACCAAUUUAUCCGAUUGUUGGAGCUGAUGGCACACCAUUGCCGACCGAUGCCUCUGGAGCUCAUAUUGGACCAGAUGGUGAACCAAUUUCCACAGAUUCAAGCGGAAAGCCAGUUAACAAAGAUAAUGUUCCGCUACCAACUGACUCACAAGGAAAUUAUGUUUCAGUGCCAGAAGGCGAAGAUGGAGUCACAAAACUACUACCAACUGAUGAGUCUGGAAAUGUUAUUCAUCCAAUCACAAAACCAGACGGAACUCCUUUGGCUACUGAUGACUCUGGUAACUUCAUAACUGACGAUGGCACGAUUAUUCAAAAAGAUGAUGAAGGGAAGCCAAUUGGGCCAGACGGACAAAUUCUUGCUACAGACUCUACAGGAAAUUAUAUCUACCCAGUAACAGGAAAAGAUGGAGAACCACUUCCUACAGAUGAAAAUAAUCGACCAAUUUAUCCGAUUGUUGGAGCUGAUGGCACACCAUUGCCGACCGAUGCCUCUGGAGCUUAUAUUGGACCAGAUGGUGAACCAAUUUCCACAGAUUCAAGCGGAAAGCCAGUUAACAAAGAUAAUGUUCCGCUACCAACUGACUCACAAGGAAAUUAUGUUUCAGUGCCAGAAGGCGAAGAUGGAGUCACAAAACUACUACCAACUGAUGAGUCUGGAAAUGUUAUUCAUCCAAUCACAAAACCAGACGGAACUCCUUUGGCUACUGAUGACUCGGGCAACUUCAUAACUGACGAUGGCACGAUUAUUCAAAAAGAUGAUGAAGGGAAGCCAAUUGGGCCAGACGGACAAAUUCUUGCUACCGAUAAUUCUGGAAAUUACAUCUAUCCAGUAACAGGAAAAGAUGGAGAACCACUUCCUACAGAUGAAAAUAAUCGACCAAUUUAUCCGAUUGUUGGAGCCGAUGGCACACCAUUGCCGACCGAUGCCUCUGGAGCUUACAUUGAUUCAAACGGAAAUCCAAUUUCUACAGAUUCAAGCGGAAAGCCAGUUAACAAAGAUAAUGUUCCUCUACCUACUGACUCACAAGGAAAUUAUGUUUCAGUCCCAGAAGGCGAAGAUGGAGUCACAAAACAACUACCAACUGAUGAGUCUGGAAAUGUUAUUCAUCCAAUCACAAAACCAGACGGAACUCCUUUGGCUACUGAUGACUCUGGUAACUUCAUAACUGACGAUGGCACGAUUAUUCAAAAAGAUGAUGAAGGCAAGCCAAUUGGGCCAGACGGACAAAUUCUUGCUACAGACUCUACAGGAAACUUCAUCUACCCAGUAACAGGAAAAGAUGGAGAACCACUUCCUACAGAUGAAAAUAAUCGACCAAUUUAUCCGAUUGUUGGAGCUGAUGGCACACCAUUGCCGACUGAUGCCUCUGGAGCUUACAUUGAUUCAAACGGAAAUCCAAUUUCUACAGAUUCAAGCGGAAAGCCAGUUAACAAAGAUAAUGUUCCUCUACCUACUGACUCACAAGGAAAUUAUGUUUCAGUGCCAGAAGGCGAAGAUGGAGUCACAAAACUACUACCAACUGAUGAGUCUGGAAAUGUUAUUCAUCCAAUCACAAAACCAGACGGAACUCCUUUGGCUACUGAUGACUCUGGUAACUUCAUAACUGACGAUGGCUCGAUUAUUCAAAAAGAUGAUGAAGGCAAGCCAAUUGGGCCAGACGGACAAAUUCUUGCUACAGACUCUACAGGAAACUUCAUCUACCCAGUAACAGGAAAAGAUGGAGAACCACUUCCUACAGAUGAAAAUAAUCGACCAAUUUAUCCGAUUGUUGGAGCCGAUGGCACACCAUUGCCGACCGAUGCCUCUGGAGCUUACAUUGAUUCAAACGGAAAUCCAAUUUCUACAGAUUCAAGCGGAAAGCCAGUUAACAAAGAUAAUGUUCCUCUACCUACUGACUCACAAGGAAAUUAUGUUUCAGUGCCAGAAGGCGAAGAUGGAGUCGCGAAACAACUACCAACUGAUGAGUCUGGAAAUGUUAUUCAUCCAAUCACAAAACCAGACGGAACUCCUUUGGCUACUGAUGACUCGGGCAACUUCAUAACUGACGAUGGCACGAUUAUUCAAAAAGAUGACGAAGGCAAGCCAAUUGGGCCAGACGGACAAAUUCUUGCUACAGACUCUACAGGAAACUUCAUCUACCCAGUAACAGGAAAAGAUGGAGAACCACUUCCUACAGAUGAAAAUAAUCGACCAAUUUAUCCGAUUGUUGGAGCUGAUGGCACACCAUUGCCGACCGAUGCCUCUGGAGCUUAUAUUGGACCAGAUGGUGAACCAAUUUCCACAGAUUCAAGCGGAAAGCCAGUUAACAAAGAUAAUGUUCCUCUACCUACUGACUCACAAGGAAAUUAUGUUUCAGUGCCAGAAGGCGAAGAUGGAGUCACAAAACAACUACCAACUGAUGAGUCUGGAAAUGUUAUUCAUCCAAUCACAAAACCAGAUGGAACUCCUUUGGCUACUGACGACUCGGGCAACUUCAUAACUGACGAUGGCACGAUUAUUCAAAAAGAUGAUGAAGGCAAGCCAAUUGGGCCAGACGGACAAAUUCUUGCUACCGAUAAUUCUGGAAAUUACAUCUAUCCAGUAACAGGAAAAGAUGGAGAACCACUUCCUACAGAUGAAAAUAAUCGACCAAUUUAUCCCAUUGUUGGAGCUGAUGGCACACCAUUGCCGACCGAUGCCUCUGGAGCUUACAUUGAUUCAAACGGAAAUCCAAUUUCUACAGAUUCAAGCGGAAAGCCAGUUAACAAAGAUAAUGUUCCUCUACCUACUGACUCACAAGGAAAUUAUGUUUCAGUCCCAGAAGGCGAAGAUGGAGUUGCGAAACAACUACCAACUGAUGAGUCUGGAAAUGUUAUUCAUCCAAUCACAAAACCAGACGGAACUCCUUUGGCUACUGAUGACUCGGGCAACUUCAUAACUGACGAUGGCACGAUUAUUCAAAAAGAUGAUGAAGGCAAGCCAAUUGGGCCAGACGGACAAAUUCUUGCUACCGAUAAUUCUGGAAAUUACAUCUACCCAGUAACAGGAAAAGAUGGAGAACCACUUCCUACAGAUGAAAAUAAUCGACCAAUUUAUCCGAUUGUUGGAGCUGAUGGCACACCAUUGCCGACCGAUGCCUCUGGAGCUUACAUUGAUUCAAACGGAAAUCCAAUUUCUACAGAUUCAAGCGGAAAGCCAGUUAACAAAGAUAAUGUUCCUCUACCUACUGACUCACAAGGAAAUUAUGUUUCAGUCCCAGAAGGCGAAGAUGGAGUCACAAAACAACUACCAACUGAUGAGUCUGGAAAUGUUAUUCAUCCAAUCACAAAACCAGACGGAACUCCUUUGGCUACUGAUGACUCUGGUAACUUCAUAACUGACGAUGGCACGAUUAUUCAAAAAGACGAUGAAGGCAAGCCAAUUGGGCCAGACGGACAAAUUCUUGCUACAGACUCUACAGGAAACUUCAUCUACCCAGUAACAGGAAAAGAUGGAGAACCACUUCCUACAGAUGAAAAUAAUCGACCAAUUUAUCCGAUUGUUGGAGCUGAUGGCACACCAUUGCCGACCGAUGCCUCUGGAGCUUAUAUUGGACCAGAUGGUGAACCAAUUUCAACAGAUUCAAGCGGAAAGCCAGUUAACAAAGAUAAUGUUCCUCUACCAACUGACUCACAAGGAAAUUUUGUUUCAGUCCCAGAAGACCUUACGACUACAACUGUUUCAGAUGUUCUUGAACAUGAAACAGAGGAUGCAAAUUGCGACAAUGUCUCUGGUAAAGUCGAAACUCUCGUUUUCGUUGUGGAAACCUCACAUGCAAGUUCUCCGUAUUUGCCCAACUUAAAACAAUUAAUGAAAGAAUUAUUCAAAUCGACACCAAGUGAUUCUUUACCGAAAAUAGGAAAAAUAAUUUAUAGUGCAACCACUGAGGUGACAAUUGAUAUAGGAUCUUAUGAGAAUUUCGAAGAACUUUAUCAAUCAACCGAUGAAAUACGGGAAAUUGGUGGCCAACCGAAUGCCAAUUCCGCUCUCAAAACUGCGAAAAUGUUAUUAGAAGAAACUCCGAGAGGAAAUACUUUGGUUAUUCAUCUCAUUGCGACACCUUUGAGGUGAGUUGGUUUUUUUUUAAUAUACAGGAGAAAACUAAAAUUAUUUCCAAAACUCAAAACUGAUCCGCCCGAAAAUCAUUCUUGAAAAUUGAUGACCCUUUUGAGUAGUAAAAUGUUCAGUUGUCCAAGUUUAUCAAACUUGAACUUCUCUAGAUGACAAAUAAUUCAAGUAGAUGUAAACCACUUUUUAUAAACGAGAAAUACAAGUAAAAAAGUAAAACCAAGAGGCGCAAGACAAACGAGUCAGCUCUUUGACGUUGGCGUGUUUUCUGUGAACUCGCGGCUAGUGAAAAAGAAUAAUAAAAAAAUCUAAAAUAAAAAAGCAAUUCAUCUCUAGAUUAUGCCAAUCAAUAGUAAAAGUUGCGAAAAGGCUUUCUCGAUGCUAUACAGUGUACCAAAACUAUACGGCGGACUUUGCGCAAAAAAUAAAAAGAAAAAGAAGGAGAUGAGAAAAAUUAGAAAAUUAUUUAAAGGAAAAAUCAUAAAAUGACGCCUAUCAAAUAUAAGAAUGAACCGCGAAAUAAUAUUAAUGUAAGGCAGUAAGGUAGAGAAAGAGAGGCAGAGAGAGAGAGAAAAAGAGUUUUUGUAUUAUAUUGAAUGAGAGUAAAGCUAUAUUUUAGUUUGACCUAGCUAGAGGAAUGUUUUUGGUUUUGUAGUUUGGUUUUAAGAAAAUGUUCAAUGUGUUUCUUCCGCCGGUCUUCAAUACAUUGAAAAUGUUCUGUGAAAAAAUAAUAAAUCACAUCACAUCGAAAAUAACUAUGGAAAUAACUAUCGUUAGAAAACUCUUGGUCUAUGAGAAAAGUCUAUCGAGGACAUAUCUCGUUUAUGAAUUUAUUAUAUUGGGUGAUGACUUCAUCCAGUGCAGAAAAAAUCAAGUCCCAAAAAAAUCACAUAACAAAAACAAACUCCAAAAAACUAUCAAAAAAUAUAAAACAUAAUUUCGGCUUUAUUGUUACUAUCAUCGAGCGACUUUUUGAUAAAAUAACUUUUUUUCAUUUUUAAAUCAUUUUUUCACCAAGAUACUUGCCCAUAUCCAUAAAAAACCCAACUUUUCGUCUCAAAGUUCUAACAACCUUUAGAAACAACACAUGCCUAAUUCAUAUUUCAAAAAAAAAGAAAUAUUAUUUCUCCCGACCUCAUUUUUAAAAGAUUCUAAAACUUCCUUUCAAAAGAAUCCUCGAUUCAAAUGAAAAUCAGUUUUGAAAAUUUCGAACUCUACAGAACUCCCUCCGACUAAAACUCAAUCGAUCCCCAAAAAAGUACUAACCUUUGAAAUUUCGACGGUUCCUAGUUCAUCUCAUCGCUCAAAAUUGAUCCAUUGCUUCAUUCUUUCCAACAAAAACAUUUCGAAUAUUUUUAUUCACGAAUAAUCUGCAAAAAAUAUUUAUAAUUUAAUGAAACUUUUGGUUGUUUUUUUAUUGAUUCAAAACGCUUGUUCAAAAUAUGGGCGUCCAUGCGAGAGAGAGAGAAGAGACAAAAAGAUAGUGAAAUCGCGCGUGAUCUACAGUGAUUUAAAAACUUGCGGGACUAGUUAGGAAUUUUUUUAAUUUGACAAAAAAAAUAAUUUUGCGGUGUUUUAGUUGAAAAAUAACAAAAAAAAAUUGUUUAUCAUUUUCAUUUCAGAGUUUUCCAAUGUUCACAGUGUCACUUCACACCUUUCUCACGAUAGAUUUCAAAAAAUUAAGGUGGCAAUCCAAGCGUUUUGGAAAAUCAGAAAUGAGCAAAAUUAUUCACGUAAAAUUAUUUAAAUUUGAAUCUAGGGCACAAAAGUACUCAGAGAUUCGCUGGCCAGCUCGCCACCAGGUGGGGAGGCUGGCUGACCUGGGAACCACAUGGAAACCAUGUCGCCCGGUUUUUUUCGCUGGCAAGGUGGCCACGCUCUGGGUAGGUCACGGCCACAUGGCUACCAUGUGGUGGCCACUUCGCCGCGUCAAAAUGAAUUUUCAUGAAAAUGUCUGAAAAACUUGUGAAUUGAGGCAUUUUCGAAAAAUUUGGCUCAUUUUCUGUUUUUUCGCAGCACUUGAAACUUUAGGAAGUGAAAAAAAAAACAGUAGAAAAUGCAGUAUUUUGAGCACAAACCACUGUCUUGCCAGCUUUCCAGAAUUUCAAACACACAGGCCACGUCGCCGGAAAACUCGAGGCGACCUGGCGGCCAUGCGGUUUCCAGGUGGCCGCAGCGAUCUGGUGGCGAGCUAGCCAGCGAAUCUCUGAGUAGGUCAAACGAACAGAAGCACCGUUUAAUAUAUAAGAAAGAUAUCGUGUCCUUCUUUUGAUCAAUCAAAUAUGAAGUUUUGAGCAACUCAUAUAAUCAUCUACAUUGGUCUGACUCACUUUUUUUUUCCAUUCACUAAUUAACAAAAUAGUCUCUUCGAGAAAUGACUGAAAAUAUUUCACUAUUGUGAUAGAAAUUUUAAUUUUUUUAAAUUAAAAAAAAUAUUAGAUAAGAAGCGUGAACUGGUGAUUAUUUUGAAUUUAAACGUGUUCAUUUUUUUGCAUGGAAAAAUGUUGAAUUUUCAUGUGAAAAAUCACGCAUUUCUCUAACAAAAUAAUAGUAGCGUGCUGAUGGAACUUAAUUUGGGAAGAUGAUGAAGAUUUCUUUCAAGUGCACAAAAAUAAUAAUGGGGAGUAGUUUCUAAAAAACCCUAUUCAGUAAUUAUGUGUAGUUGUAACCUUUUCAUACCACAAAAAUUGAAUAAUGACAAGAAUGAAACAACCGGCUAACGCCGGUCUUCAUUCUUGUUGCUACGCAGCCUUCGACUGCGUGCUCAAGUCCGUGUUCUAGAGUGAUUUCUCAUAAAAUUUCAUAAGCUUGAGAUUCUCAAAGAUUUUCAGCCACGAAAUACCAAAUUUUUUAUCGAAAAAUCAAUUUUUGAUAUCUAACAUAUUUCGAGUACAUUCUAUACAAAAAAAGAGAUUCAAUAAAUUUUUUUUCAAAAAAUUGAUGGAUGACGUCAUUCAUGGCAAAAUUAGGAACCAAGAGUCAUUUUUCGAACAAAAAAAAUUGAAAUUUGCUAUGAAUUUGAAUAUUCAAUUUUUUCAGAAAGAACAGUUUGGUCUACAUCGAAAAAAUAAAGAAAUUGCCAGACACCAGACUUAUUCAUAUCAACGAACAACAAUUGGCUGACAAUGCAAAUGCUCUGGAGUUAUUACAAAGUUAUUUAUGCAUCUCAGAGAGUGGUUAGUUGAAAAUAGAAAAGCAUUAUGAAUAAUUUAUUGGAAGCAGAGUUUGACACUGUGGUGAACGUUGUUUAUCAUUUUGAGAUGAUGAUAAAAGUUAUUAUCGCGCAAGAUAGGGCAAUAUUCACUCCCAUUUAUAUGGAAUAACAUGACCAGAUAACUAGAACGAUCAGAAUCUUUUUUGAAUCUGUUUAGUACAAUGAAAACAUCACAACAUGUCAGCUCGGUGCACGUCGUGCCAGAAAAAUGGGAAAAGAUAAUUUCGUGGAGACGCAGACAUUUUGUGUGGUCUCGCAGCGAUGCACCUGAGGAACCGGGGAGAGUACGGUUUAGGCAAUUGGUCUUGCAGCGAUUCACCGGAGCGACCGGGGAAGAGUACGGUGUCCUUUUUUCUCCGAGUCUCCUCCGAUUUGUGUGGUGGCACGACAUGGUUGAAAAUUGACAAUCAGGAAUAGUGAGGGAGGCGCACACUUUUUUCACGCGAAAAUCUCAAUUUUUCCUUUUCAAAAAUUAUGAAUUUUUAAAAAAUAAAAACGUGAACUACGUGGCAGUAGUUUCUUUUUUGGAUCAGAGAAUUUCUCUGCGUCCACCUCACUUUCACCGAUUGCUCUCUGACAUGUACAAAGCAGAAGACAAUUUCCUCAAUUAACUUAUGUUAGUUAGAGAGACAAAUCCACUGACAAGGGAACCUUUUUUACACAGCACUUCAAAUCUUAAAAUUUUGUCCAUAGACAGCUUUUGGGGUAAUAAGAACUCCCUAAAAAUAUUGGCUCUGUUCGGAAAUAAAGGGUUUUAGAGAAAAUAAAGGGUUUUUCAGAAAAUAAAGGGUUUUUCAGAAAAUAAAGGGUUUUACAGAAAAUAAAGGGUUUUUCCGAAAAUAAAGGGUUUUACAGAAAAUAAAGGGUUUUACAGAAAAUAAAGGGUUUUUCAAGAAAAAAUGGUUUUAGGAGCCCGAAAAAGUAAAAAGAACUCCCCAAUAAUAAGCCCAAAAGUUAGUCAAUUUUAUCAAAUAUCUAUUAUCUGACUGAAAUUUCAUAACUUGAUGUGGAUCUGUAGUUUACAGGACCUCACUAAGCCUAAGCUUUGAAUGCUAGGAAAGCUUUAAAAAUUCAAUUUUUAUGUUUGUGCAGCUCUGGAAUGAAGGCUUAGGCUUAGUAAAUAUCCAAUAGACAAAAAUUACUUUUGUUUUUCAGAUAUUUUUACCCCCAUAAAUCCUUUUUGUUUUUCUAAAACCCUUUAUUUUCUGAAAAACCCUUUAUUUUCGGAAAAACCCUCUAUUUUCUGAAAAACCCUUUAUUUUCUGAAAAACCCUUUAUUUUCUCUAAAACCCUUUAUUUCCGAACAGAGCCAAAAUAUUAGUUACCCAAUGGACCUAUGAGCCAAGUUAUGGGCUCUCAAAAGUUCAAAAAUUGCCAAAAUUGGCUCAUAAAACACGUCAUAACUCAAUUCUCGAUCAAUUUUAUGAAAAACUGAGUAGCAGAUGAUGAUCGGCGUGGUCGAUUUACCCUAAAAGCAAGAACAAAUAAAAUUUUCAGAAAAAAUUUGAUUUUGGAAAAAUGAAUGAGCAGGGGCACAUAUGAAUUUUCAUGAACUUCCAGCCAAAAAAUAAAAAACUUCAAAAUUUUUUGAAAAAAUGCUUUUUAUUGAUGUAUUUUUAGUAAAUCGACUAUGCUGAUCAAUAUCUGAAACUUUAUUUAUCAUGAAAAUUAUUUUGAAAUGGGGCUAUGAUGACUUUUAUGAGCCAAUUUGAGCAAUUUUUGAACUUUUGACAGCCCAGAACUUCUUCAAAACGACACCAGAAAAUUUUUAGAAAUAAAUAUCUGCAAUUUACAGAAUCCCCGUCACAAACUGCUGUUCUGCCAACCGAUGAGUCUGGAAAUGUUAUUCAUCCAAUCACAAAACCAGACGGAACUCCUUUGGCUACUGAUGACUCUGGUAACUUCAUAACUGACGAUGGCACGAUUAUUCAAAAAGAUGAUGAAGGCAAGCCAAUUGGGCCAGAUGGACAAAUUCUUGCUACAGACUCUACAGGAAAUUACAUCUACCCAGUAACAGGAAAAGAUGGAGAACCACUUCCUACAGAUGAAAAUAAUCGACCAAUUUAUCCGAUUGUUGGAGCUGAUGGCACACCAUUGCCGACCGAUGCCUCUGGAGCUUAUAUUGGACCAGAUGGUGAACCAAUUUCCACAGAUUCAAGCGGAAAGCCAGUUAACAAAGAUAAUGUUCCUCUACCUACUGACUCACAAGGAAAUUAUGUUUCAGUGCCAGAAGGCGAAGAUGGAGUCGCAAAACAACUACCAACCGAUGAGUCUGGAAAUGUUAUUCAUCCAAUCACAAAACCAGACGGAACUCCUUUGGCUACUGAUGACUCUGGUAACUUCAUAACUGACGAUGGCACGAUUAUUCAAAAAGAUGAUGAAGGCAAGCCAAUUGGGCCAGAUGGACAAAUUCUUGCUACCGAUAAUUCUGGAAAUUACAUCUAUCCAGUAACAGGAAAAGAUGGAGAACCACUUCCUACAGAUGAAAAUAAUCGACCAAUUUAUCCGAUUGUUGGAGCUGAUGGCACACCAUUGCCGACCGAUGCCUCUGGAGCUUAUAUUGGACCAGAUGGUGAACCAAUUUCUACAGAUUCAAGUGGAAAGCCAGUUAGCAAAGAUAAUGUUCCUCUACCAACUGACUCACAAGGAAAUUAUGUUUCAGUGCCAGAAGGCGAAGAUGGAGUCGCAAAACAACUACCAACCGAUGAGUCUGGAAAUGUUAUUCAUCCAAUCACAAAACCAGACGGAACUCCUUUGGCUACUGAUGACUCUGGUAACUUCAUAACUGACGAUGGCACGAUUAUUCAAAAAGACGAUGAAGGCAAGCCAAUUGGGCCAGAUGGACAAAUUCUUGCUACAGACUCUACAGGAAAUUACAUCUACCCAGUAACAGGAAAAGAUGGAGAACCACUUCCUACAGAUGAAAAUAAUCGACCAAUUUAUCCGAUUGUUGGAGCUGAUGGCACACCAUUGCCGACCGAUGCCUCUGGAGCUUAUAUUGGACCAGAUGGUGAACCAAUUUCCACAGAUUCAAGCGGAAAGCCAGUUAACAAAGAUAAUGUGCCUCUACCUACUGACUCACAAGGAAAUUAUGUUUCAGUGCCAGAAGGCGAAGAUGGAGUCGCAAAACAACUACCAACCGAUGAGUCUGGAAAUGUUAUUCAUCCAAUCACAAAACCAGACGGAACUCCUUUGGCUACUGAUGACUCUGGUAACUUCAUAACUGACGAUGGCACGAUUAUUCAAAAAGAUGAUGAAGGCAAGCCAAUUGGGCCAGAUGGACAAAUUCUUGCUACAGACUCUACAGGAAAUUACAUCUACCCAGUAACAGGAAAAGAUGGAGAACCACUUCCUACAGAUGAAAAUAAUCGACCAAUUUAUCCGAUUGUUGGAGCUGAUGGCACACCAUUGCCGACCGAUGCCUCUGGAGCUUAUAUUGGACCAGAUGGUGAACCAAUUUCAACAGAUUCAAGCGGAAAGCCAGUUAACAAAGAUAAUGUUCCUCUACCUACUGACUCACAAGGAAAUUAUGUUUCAGUGCCAGAAGGCGAAGAUGGAGUCGCAAAACAACUACCAACCGAUGAGUCUGGAAAUGUUAUUCAUCCAAUCACAAAACCAGACGGAACUCCUUUGGCUACUGAUGACUCUGGUAACUUCAUAACUGACGAUGGCACGAUUAUUCAAAAAGAUGAUGAAGGCAAGCCAAUCGGGCCAGAUGGACAAAUUCUUGCUACAGACUCUACAGGAAAUUAUAUCUAUCCAGUAACAGGAAAAGAUGGAGAACCACUUCCUACAGAUGAAAAUAAUCGACCAAUUUAUCCGAUUGUUGGAGCUGAUGGCACACCAUUGCCGACCGAUGCCUCUGGAGCUUAUAUUGGACCAGAUGGUGAACCAAUUUCAACAGAUUCAAGCGGAAAGCCAGUUAACAAAGAUAAUGUUCCUCUACCAACUGACUCACAAGGAAAUUAUGUUUCAGUGCCAGAAGGCGAAGAUGGAGUCGCAAAACAACUACCAACCGAUGAGUCUGGAAAUGUUAUUCAUCCAAUCACAAAACCAGACGGAACUCCUUUGGCUACUGAUGACUCUGGUAACUUCAUAACUGACGAUGGCACGAUUAUUCAAAAAGAUGAUGAAGGCAAGCCAAUUGGGCCAGAUGGACAAAUUCUUGCUACAGACUCUACAGGAAAUUAUAUCUAUCCAGUAACAGGAAAAGAUGGAGAACCACUUCCUACAGAUGAAAAUAAUCGACCAAUUUAUCCGAUUGUUGGAGCUGAUGGCACACCAUUGCCGACCGAUGCCUCUGGAGCUUAUAUUGGACCAGAUGGUGAACCAAUUUCAACAGAUUCAAGCGGAAAGCCAGUUAACAAAGAUAAUGUUCCUCUACCUACUGACUCACAAGGAAAUUAUGUUUCAGUGCCAGAAGGCGAAGAUGGAGUCGCAAAACAACUACCAACCGAUGAGUCUGGAAAUGUUAUUCAUCCAAUCACAAAACCAGACGGAACUCCUUUGGCUACUGAUGACUCUGGUAACUUCAUAACUGACGAUGGCACGAUUAUUCAAAAAGAUGAUGACGGCAAGCCAAUUGGGCCAGAUGGACAAAUUCUUGCUACAGACUCUACAGGAAAUUAUAUCUAUCCAGUAACAGGAAAAGAUGGAGAACCACUUCCUACAGAUGAAAAUAAUCGACCAAUUUAUCCGAUUGUUGGAGCUGAUGGCACACCAUUGCCGACCGAUGCCUCUGGAGCUUAUAUUGGACCAGAUGGUGAACCAAUUUCAACAGAUUCAAGCGGAAAGCCAGUUAACAAAGAUAAUGUUCCUCUACCAACUGACUCACAAGGAAAUUAUGUUUCAGUGCCAGAAGGCGAAGAUGGAGUCGCAAAACAACUACCAACCGAUGAGUCUGGAAAUGUUAUUCAUCCAAUCACAAAACCAGACGGAACUCCUUUGGCUACUGAUGACUCUGGUAACUUCAUAACUGACGAUGGCACGAUUAUUCAAAAAGAUGAUGAAGGCAAGCCAAUUGGGCCAGAUGGACAAAUUCUUGCUACAGACUCUACAGGAAAUUAUAUCUAUCCAGUAACAGGAAAAGAUGGAGAACCACUUCCUACAGAUGAAAAUAAUCGACCAAUUUAUCCGAUUGUUGGAGCUGAUGGCACACCAUUGCCGACCGAUGCCUCUGGAGCUUAUAUUGGACCAGAUGGUGAACCAAUUUCAACAGAUUCAAGCGGAAAGCCAGUUAACAAAGAUAAUGUUCCUCUACCAACUGACUCACAAGGAAAUUAUGUUUCAGUGCCAGAAGGCGAAGAUGGAGUCACAAAACAACUACCAACCGAUGAGUCUGGAAAUGUUAUUCAUCCAAUCACAAAACCAGACGGAACUCCUUUGGCUACUGAUGACUCUGGUAACUUCAUAACUGACGAUGGCACGAUUAUUCAAAAAGAUGAUGAAGGCAAGCCAAUUGGGCCAGAUGGACAAAUUCUUGCUACAGACUCUACAGGAAAUUAUAUCUAUCCAGUAACAGGAAAAGAUGGAGAACCACUUCCUACAGAUGAAAAUAAUCGACCAAUUUAUCCGAUUGUUGGAGCUGAUGGCACACCAUUGCCGACCGAUGCCUCUGGAGCUUAUAUUGGACCAGAUGGUGAACCAAUUUCAACAGAUUCAAGCGGAAAGCCAGUUAACAAAGAUAAUGUUCCUCUACCAACUGACUCACAAGGAAAUUAUGUUUCAGUGCCAGAAGGCGAAGAUGGAGUCGCGAAACAACUACCAACCGAUGAGUCUGGAAAUGUUAUUCAUCCAAUCACAAAACCAGACGGAACUCCUUUGGCUACUGAUGACUCGGGCAACUUCAUAACUGACGAUGGCACGAUUAUUCAAAAAGAUGAUGAAGGCAAGCCAAUUGGGCCAGACGGACAAAUUCUUGCUACAGACUCUACAGGAAAUUAUAUCUACCCAGUAACAGGAAAAGAUGGAGAACCACUUCCUACAGAUGAAAAUAAUCGACCAAUUUAUCCGAUUGUUGGAGCUGAUGGCACACCAUUGCCGACCGAUGCCUCUGGAGCUUACAUUGAUUCAAACGGAAAUCCAAUUUCUACAGAUUCAAGUGGAAAGCCAGUUAACAAAGAGAAUGUUCCUCUACCUACUGACUCACAAGGAAAUUAUGUUUCAGUGCCAGAAGGCGAAGAUGGAGUCACAAAACAACUACCAACCGAUGAGUCUGGAAAUGUUAUUCAUCCAAUCACAAAACCAGACGGAACUCCUUUGGCUACUGAUGACUCUGGUAACUUCAUAACUGACGAUGGCACGAUUAUUCAAAAAGACGAUGAAGGCAAGCCAAUUGGGCCAGAUGGACAAAUUCUUGCUACAGACUCUACAGGAAAUUACAUCUACCCAGUAACAGGAAAAGAUGGAGAACCACUUCCGACAGAUGAAAAUAAUCGACCAAUUUAUCCGAUUGUUGGAGCUGAUGGCACACCAUUGCCGACCGAUGCCUCUGGAGCUUACAUUGAUUCAAACGGAAAUCCAAUUUCUACAGAUUCAAGUGGAAAGCCAGUUAACAAAGAGAAUGUUCCUCUACCUACUGACUCACAAGGAAAUUAUGUUUCAGUGCCAGAAGGCGAAGAUGGAGUCACAAAACAACUACCAACCGAUGAGUCUGGAAAUGUUAUUCAUCCAAUCACAAAACCAGACGGAACUCCUUUGGCUACUGAUGACUCGGGCAACUUCAUAACUGACGAUGGAACGAUCAUUCAAAAAGAUGAUGAAGGCAAGCCAAUUGGGCCAGAUGGACAAAUUCUUGCUACCGAUAAUUCUGGAAAUUACAUCUAUCCAGUAACAGGAAAAGAUGGAGAACCACUUCCUACAGAUGAAAAUAAUCGACCAAUUUAUCCGAUUGUUGGAGCUGAUGGCACACCAUUGCCGACCGAUGCCUCUGGAGCUCAUAUUGGACCAGAUGGUGAACCAAUUUCUACAGAUUCAAGUGGAAAGCCAGUUAACAAAGAUAAUGUUCCUCUACCUACUGACUCACAAGGAAAUUAUGUUUCAGUGCCAGAAGGCGAAGAUGGAGUCACAAAACAACUAUCAACCGAUGAGUCUGGAAAUGUUAUUCAUCCAAUCACAAAACCAGACGGAACUCCUUUGGCUACUGAUGACUCGGGCAACUUCAUAACUGACGAUGGAACGAUCAUUCAAAAAGAUGAUGAAGGCAAGCCAAUUGGGCCAGAUGGACAAAUUCUUGCUACCGAUAAUUCUGGAAAUUACAUCUAUCCAGUAACAGGAAAAGAUGGAGAACCACUUCCUACAGAUGAAAAUAAUCGACCAAUUUAUCCGAUUGUUGGAGCUGAUGGCACACCAUUGCCGACCGAUGCCUCUGGAGCUUACAUUGAUUCAAACGGAAAUCCAAUUUCUACAGAUUCAAGUGGAAAGCCAGUUAACAAAGAUAAUGUUCCUCUACCUACUGACUCACAAGGAAAUUAUGUUUCAGUGCCAGAAGGCGAAGAUGGAGUCACAAAACAACUACCAACCGAUGAGUCUGGAAAUGUUAUUCAUCCAAUCACAAAACCAGACGGAACUCCUUUGGCUACUGAUGACUCUGGUAACUUCAUAACUGACGAUGGCACGAUUAUUCAAAAAGAUGAUGAAGGCAAGCCAAUUGGGCCAGAUGGACAAAUUCUUGCUACCGAUAAUUCUGGAAAUUACAUCUAUCCAGUAACAGGAAAAGAUGGAGAACCACUUCCUACAGAUGAAAAUAAUCGACCAAUUUAUCCGAUUGUUGGAGCUGAUGGCACACCAUUGCCGACCGAUGCCUCUGGAGCUUACAUUGAUUCAAACGGAAAUCCAAUUUCUACAGAUUCAAGUGGAAAGCCAGUUAACAAAGAUAAUGUUCCUCUACCUACUGACUCACAAGGAAAUUAUGUUUCAGUGCCAGAAGGCGAAGAUGGAGUCGCAAAACAACUACCAACCGAUGAGUCUGGAAAUGUUAUUCAUCCAAUCACGAAACCAGACGGAACUCCUUUGGCUACUGAUGACUCGGGCAACUUCAUAACUGACGAUGGCACGAUUAUUCAAAAAGACGAUGAAGGCAAGCCAAUUGGGCCAGAUGGACAAAUUCUUGCUACCGAUAAUUCUGGAAAUUACAUCUAUCCAGUAACAGGAAAAGAUGGAGAACCACUUCCUACAGAUGAAAAUAAUCGACCAAUUUAUCCGAUUGUUGGAGCUGAUGGCACACCAUUGCCGACCGAUGCCUCUGGAGCUUACAUUGAUUCAAACGGAAAUCCAAUUUCUACAGAUUCAAGUGGAAAGCCAGUUAACAAAGAUAAUGUUCCUCUACCUACUGACUCACAAGGAAAUUAUGUUUCAGUGCCAGAAGGCGAAGAUGGAGUCGCAAAACAACUACCAACCGAUGAGUCUGGAAAUGUUAUUCAUCCAAUCACGAAACCAGACGGAACUCCUUUGGCUACUGAUGACUCGGGCAACUUCAUAACUGACGAUGGCACGAUUAUUCAAAAAGACGAUGAAGGCAAGCCAAUUGGGCCAGAUGGACAAAUUCUUGCUACAGACUCUACAGGAAAUUACAUCUACCCAGUAACAGGAAAAGAUGGAGAACCACUUCCGACAGAUGAAAAUAAUCGACCAAUUUAUCCGAUUGUUGGAGCUGAUGGCACACCAUUGCCGACCGAUGCCUCUGGAGCUUACAUUGAUUCAAACGGAAAUCCAAUUUCUACAGAUUCAAGUGGAAAGCCAGUUAACAAAGAUAAUGUUCCUCUACCUACUGACUCACAAGGAAAUUAUGUUUCAGUGCCAGAAGGCGAAGAUGGAGUCACAAAACAACUACCAACCGAUGAGUCUGGAAAUGUUAUUCAUCCAAUCACAAAACCAGACGGAACUCCUUUGGCUACUGAUGACUCGGGCAACUUCAUAACUGACGAUGGAACGAUCAUUCAAAAAGAUGAUGAAGGCAAGCCAAUUGGGCCAGAUGGACAAAUUCUUGCUACCGAUAAUUCUGGAAAUUACAUCUAUCCAGUAACAGGAAAAGAUGGAGAACCACUUCCUACAGAUGAAAAUAAUCGACCAAUUUAUCCGAUUGUUGGAGCUGAUGGCACACCAUUGCCGACCGAUGCCUCUGGAGCUCAUAUUGGACCAGAUGGUGAACCAAUUUCUACAGAUUCAAGUGGAAAGCCAGUUAACAAAGAUAAUGUUCCUCUGCCAACUGACUCACAAGGAAAUUAUGUUUCAGUGCCAGAAGGCGAAGAUGGAGUCACAAAACAACUACCAACCGAUGAGUCUGGAAAUGUUAUUCAUCCAAUCACAAAACCAGACGGAACUCCUUUGGCUACUGAUGACUCGGGCAACUUCAUAACUGACGAUGGAACGAUCAUUCAAAAAGAUGAUGAAGGCAAGCCAAUUGGGCCAGAUGGACAAAUUCUUGCUACCGAUAAUUCUGGAAAUUACAUCUAUCCAGUAACAGGAAAAGAUGGAGAACCACUUCCUACAGAUGAAAAUAAUCGACCAAUUUAUCCGAUUGUUGGAGCUGAUGGCACACCAUUGCCGACCGAUGCCUCUGGAUCUUACAUUGAUUCAAACGGAAAUCCAAUUUCUACAGAUUCAAGUGGAAAGCCAGUUAACAAAGAUAAUGUUCCACUGCCAACUGAUUCACAAGGCAACUUUGUUGUCAGGCCACAAAAAGAAAUAUGCGAUUUGAAAUCUACUCUCGCUGAUAUCAUAAUUGUUUUCAUAAACUCUGAGAAUUCCAUCAGUAGUUUUGAUAAGUUCAAAAAGAUGGUGAUCGAUUUCACAAAAAAACUUGAUCUGUCACCAGAUGUGAUACGAGUUUCUGUGAUGUCGGUUGGUGCAGAAAUUGCUGUGCCGCUAUCUUUGGGUGGUUAUCAGGAAAAAGAAAAUCUUGCAUCUAUAUUGAAUGAUUUCCAAUUGCCACCAAUUACUGGAACAGACCAACUAUCUCCUGUUGACGCUGUUUUGCAGCAAUUUGAUGAAUUUCCAAGAGUGGAUGUGACAAAAUUCGUUAUUAUUUAUGGCUCAAGCGAAACGUGAGUUUUAUAUAUUUUUUUAGGCUGACAAUUAAUUAUAGAAACUUUUUGAAAUAUUUCUAACUUUGCUGAAACUAUUUCAAUCUUCACGACAUUUUUUCUGAUUAUCCGUAGGCAUCAAAUAAAAGUACAAAAACGUCGAAAAUGAUCUCAAAUGGGUUUCAUAAUUUUUUUUUUCAUACUUCUUCAAAUAUUGAAGAGAUUUUUCCACAAAGAAUCACGGAUUUUGAGAGAAAACGGGGUUAAAGGGGAGGGGGAAGGUAAAUAAUUUUGACUUUGGUGAAUCGACUGUGGUCGAUUGUCAUGUGCUUAUGGGCCUAUGCAGAAUGAUAUUUUGUAAUAAAAAAACAUUUUUUUUUCCUAUGCAGAAAAACGUCGAAAAAACAAAAUAUACAGUUUAUCAUUUUGAGUAGAGACAACGUGAAAUUGAGAGAGUGCAGACAAAAAAACCCAUUUUAUGUCUGCGCUCUCUCAAUUUCACGUUGUCUUUAUUUUGUUUUUUCGACGUUUUUCUGCAUAGGAAAAAAAUGUUUUUUUAUGUUUUUUUAUUACAAAAUAUUAUUCUGAAUAGGCCCAUUAGUAUUUGAUAAAAUUUUCGUUGACAUGAGUUAUGGGCUCUCGAAAACGCGAUUUUCAGAAAAUUCUAGGGUUGGAAAAAAAUACACGCAAUACACGAAUACACGGAUACACGAAUACACGCUUUUUUAUAAAUUGAUUGUGAAGAGAAGAAAACCGUGUAUUCGUGUAAUGCGUGUAUUCGUGUACCCUGUACUCGUGUAUUUGGCUGCGCGUGUAUCCGUGUACGCAAAUACACUGUUUUUCCAACCCAAGAAAAUUCUCAAUUUUGAGCUUAUUUUUGUGCUCUUCAAAGAGUUGCGUAUCAAAAACUGAAAACAGGAUAGUUCUCUGCGUGAAAAACUGUAGAAAAUAUGUCUCAUUGAAAAUCUUCGAUGACUGGUAAGUGAUCAAUGGUCACACAUUUUCCUCGUCAUAAAUUUUGUCUCGAGUUUCGGAUAAAAAUUAUAAUUCAAAAAACUGACCUUCAAAAAUCCUCUAUUAAUGAUCGAAAUGUCCAGCGAGUCGAAUCAUCCGGUGGAUUUUCAGAAAAAUUAAAUUUUCUAGGUUUUCACAGCUCAUACUUGUAGAAUGGGCAUAUUUGAAUGGUUUGAGCGUAAACCGCCUGUAAAAAUACUUUAUUGAGAUACAUCGUAAGAUUUCAAGAAAGAAAUUCAUAAGAUAAGAGGUGAACAGAAAUGAAGUUUUACUAUAGGACUAUACUUUAAAGAGGGGGGGGGGGUAAGACGACAAAUUUUUUGUCGCAAAGUUAGAGGCCCACCAAAAGUAGUAAAACGUCCAAGGGAUUUGACAUUUUAGGCUUCUAGUUGACAUCAAUAGCUAUCCAGGAAAAAAAGAUUGCGAGAAUUAAUGCAUUUUUUCGCAAAGUUAGAGGCGCUUGAAAAAGUUUCCAUAAUUAAUUGUCAUCCUGUAUAUUUGGCCUCCAACAAAAAUUAAUAUUUUUCAGGUAUCGCCCACAGAACAACAUACCUUUUAUCGCUAUGAAUAACGACGAAAAAACUGAUGAAAUUAUUGCUAAAGUUCAGAAAGCAUGUGAAAAUGGAGAAGUUAAACCUAUUCCAGAUAGGACAAAAACGAUUAUCGAUGAGAAACCCUUGCCGAUAAACCAAGUUGUCGAUCAAUCCGGAAAUCCUCUUCCGACUGAUGACACUGGAAACUUCAUCGAUAAUAACGGUAAACCUAUCACGAUAACAGAAGACGUCCCUGUUGGUCCGGAUGGUAAUGAACUUGAAAAGAACGAAAAAGGUGAAUGGAUAUACCCACUGGUUGAUAAACAAGGGAAAUCAGUCAAGACAGAUGAGAACAACAUGCCGGUGUUUGAAGUUUUAGAUCAGAACGGCAACCAACUAGCCAAAAACGAUGAAGGAAAUUGGGUCGAUAUCAGCGGUAAUGAAAUAGAAACAGAUCCAUUGGGUAGACCAUUGAAUGAGGAAGGAAUACCAUAUGCAAUCAACGAAAAUGGUGCGAUCGUAAUGAGUGAGAACGACGAAUACACAACAACUGGCAUCCCGUUAUUUAUUGUUGAUGGCGCACCAGAUGAAGAGGAAGAUAAAGAACCAUUACCAACAGAUGAAAAUGAUCGACCGAUUUACCCGAUUGUUGGAGCUGAUGGCACACCAUUGCCGACCGAUGCCUCUGGAGCUUAUAUUGGACCAGAUGGUGAACCAAUUUCUACAGAUUCAAGCGGAAAGCCAGUUAACAAAGAUAAUGUUCCACUACCAACUGACUCACAAGGAAAUUAUGUUUCAGUGCCAGAAGGCGAAGAUGGAGUCGCGAAACAACUACCAACCGAUGAGUCUGGAAAUGUCAUUCAUCCAAUCACAAAACCAGACGGAACUCCUUUGGCUACUGAUGACUCUGGUAACUUCAUAACUGACGAUGGCACGAUUAUUCAAAAAGAUGAUGAAGGCAAGCCAAUUGGGCCAGACGGACAAAUUCUUGCUACCGAUAAUUCUGGAAAUUACAUCUACCCAGUAACAGGAAAAGAUGGAGAACCACUUCCUACAGAUGAAAAUAAUCGACCAAUUUAUCCGAUUGUUGGAGCUGAUGGCACACCAUUGCCGACCGAUGCCUCUGGAGCUUAUAUUGGACCAGAUGGUGAACCAAUUUCCACAGAUUCAAGCGGAAAGCCAGUUAACAAAGAUAAUGUUCCGCUACCAACUGACUCACAAGGAAAUUAUGUUUCAGUGCCAGAAGGCGAAGAUGGAGUCGCGAAACAACUACCAACCGAUGAGUCUGGUAAUGUUAUUCAUCCAAUCACAAAACCAGACGGAACUCCUUUGGCUACUGAUGACUCUGGUAACUUCAUAACUGACGAUGGCUCGAUUAUUCAAAAAGAUGAUGAAGGCAAGCCAAUUGGGCCAGACGGACAAAUUCUUGCCACAGACUCUACAGGAAAUUACAUCUACCCAGUAACAGGAAAAGAUGGAGAACCACUUCCUACAGAUGAAAAUAAUCGACCAAUUUAUCCGAUUGUUGGAGCUGAUGGCACACCAUUGCCGACCGAUGCCUCUGGAGCUUACAUUGAUUCAAACGGAAAUCCAAUUUCUACAGAUUCAAGUGGAAAGCCAGUUAACAAAGAUAAUGUGCCUCUACCUACUGACUCACAAGGAAAUUAUGUUUCAGUGCCAGAAGGCGAAGAUGGAGUCGCGAAACAACUACCAACUGAUGAGUCUGGAAAUGUCAUUCAUCCAAUCACAAAACCAGACGGAACUCCUUUGGCUACUGAUGACUCUGGUAACUUCAUAACUGACGAUGGCUCGAUUAUUCAAAAAGAUGAUGAAGGCAAGCCAAUUGGGCCAGACGGACAAAUUCUUGCCACAGACUCUACAGGAAAUUACAUCUACCCAGUAACAGGAAAAGAUGGAGAACCACUUCCUACAGAUGAAAAUAAUCGACCAAUUUAUCCGAUUGUUGGAGCUGAUGGCACACCAUUGCCGACCGAUGCCUCUGGAGCUUAUAUUGGACCAGAUGGUGAACCAAUUUCCACAGAUUCAAGCGGAAAGCCAGUUAACAAAGAUAAUGUUCCGCUACCAACUGACUCACAAGGAAAUUAUGUUUCAGUGCCAGAAGGCGAAGAUGGAGUCGCGAAACAACUACCAACCGAUGAGUCUGGUAAUGUUAUUCAUCCAAUCACAAAACCAGACGGAACUCCUUUGGCUACUGAUGACUCUGGUAACUUCAUAACUGACGAUGGCUCGAUUAUUCAAAAAGAUGAUGAAGGCAAGCCAAUUGGGCCAGACGGACAAAUUCUUGCCACAGACUCUACAGGAAAUUACAUCUACCCAGUAACAGGAAAAGAUGGAGAACCACUUCCUACAGAUGAAAAUAAUCGACCAAUUUAUCCGAUUGUUGGAGCUGAUGGCACACCAUUGCCGACCGAUGCCUCUGGAGCUUACAUUGAUUCAAACGGAAAUCCAAUUUCUACAGAUUCAAGUGGAAAGCCAGUUAACAAAGAUAAUGUGCCUCUACCUACUGACUCACAAGGAAAUUAUGUUUCAGUGCCAGAAGGCGAAGAUGGAGUCGCGAAACAACUACCAACUGAUGAGUCUGGAAAUGUUAUUCAUCCAAUCACAAAACCAGACGGAACUCCUUUGGCUACUGAUGACUCGGGCAACUUCAUAACUGACGAUGGCACGAUUAUUCAAAAAGAUGAUGAAGGCAAGCCAAUUGGGCCAGACGGACAAAUUCUUGCCACAGACUCUACAGGAAAUUACAUCUACCCAGUAACAGGAAAAGAUGGAGAACCACUUCCUACAGAUGAAAAUAAUCGACCAAUUUAUCCGAUUGUUGGAGCUGAUGGCACACCAUUGCCGACCGAUGCCUCUGGAGCUUACAUUGAUUCAAACGGAAAUCCAAUUUCUACAGAUUCAAGUGGAAAGCCAGUUAACAAAGAUAAUGUGCCUCUACCUACUGACUCACAAGGAAAUUAUGUUUCAGUGCCAGAAGGCGAAGAUGGAGUCGCGAAACAACUACCAACUGAUGAGUCUGGAAAUGUUAUUCAUCCAAUCACAAAACCAGACGGAACUCCUUUGGCUACUGAUGACUCUGGUAACUUCAUAACUGACGAUGGCUCGAUUAUUCAAAAAGAUGAUGAAGGCAAGCCAAUUGGGCCAGACGGACAAAUUCUUGCCACAGACUCUACAAAAAAUUACAUCUACCCAGUAACAGGAAAAGAUGGAGAACCACUUCCUACAGAUGAAAAUAAUCGACCAAUUUAUCCGAUUGUUGGAGCUGAUGGCACACCAUUGCCGACCGAUGCCUCUGGAGCUUACAUUGAUUCAAACGGAAAUCCAAUUUCUACAGAUUCAAGUGGAAAGCCAGUUAACAAAGAUAAUGUGCCUCUACCUACUGACUCACAAGGAAAUUAUGUUUCAGUGCCAGAAGGCGAAGAUGGAGUCGCGAAACAACUACCAACUGAUGAGUCUGGAAAUGUUAUUCAUCCAAUCACAAAACCAGACGGAACUCCUUUGGCUACUGAUGACUCGGGCAACUUCAUAACUGACGAUGGCACGAUUAUUCAAAAAGAUGAUGAAGGCAAGCCAAUUGGGCCAGACGGACAAAUUCUUGCUACCGAUAAUUCUGGAAAUUACAUCUACCCAGUAACAGGAAAAGAUGGAGAACCACUUCCUACAGAUGAAAAUAAUCGACCAAUUUAUCCGAUUGUUGGAGCUGAUGGCACACCAUUGCCGACCGAUGCCUCUGGAGCUUACAUUGAUUCAAACGGAAAUCCAAUUUCUACAGAUUCAAGUGGAAAGCCAGUUAACAAAGAUAAUGUGCCUCUACCAACUGACUCACAAGGAAAUUAUGUUUCAGUGCCAGAAGGCGAAGAUGGAGUCGCGAAACAACUACCAACUGAUGAGUCUGGAAAUGUUAUUCAUCCAAUCACAAAACCAGACGGAACUCCUUUGGCUACUGAUGACUCUGGUAACUUCAUAACUGACGAUGGCACGAUUAUUCAAAAAGAUGAUGAAGGCAAGCCAAUUGGGCCAGACGGACAAAUUCUUGCUACCGAUAAUUCUGGAAAUUACAUCUACCCAGUAACAGGAAAAGAUGGAGAACCACUUCCUACAGAUGAAAAUAAUCGACCAAUUUAUCCGAUUGUUGGAGCUGAUGGCACACCAUUGCCGACCGAUGCCUCUGGAGCAUAUAUUGGACCAGAUGGUGAACCAAUUUCCACAGAUUCAAGCGGAAAGCCAGUUAACAAAGAUAAUGUGCCUCUACCUACUGACUCACAAGGAAAUUAUGUUUCAGUGCCAGAAGGCGAAGAUGGAGUCGCGAAACAACUACCAACCGAUGAGUCUGGAAAUGUUAUUCAUCCAAUCACAAAACCAGACGGAACUCCUUUGGCUACUGAUGACUCGGGCAACUUCAUAACUGACGAUGGCACGAUUAUUCAAAAAGAUGAUGAAGGCAAGCCAAUUGGGCCAGACGGACAAAUUCUUGCUACAGACUCUACAGGAAAUUAUAUCUACCCAGUAACAGGAAAAGAUGGAGAACCACUUCCUACAGAUGAAAAUAAUCGACCAAUUUAUCCGAUUGUUGGAGCUGAUGGCACACCAUUGCCGACCGAUGCCUCUGGAGCUUAUAUUGGACCAGAUGGUGAACCAAUUUCCACAGAUUCAAGCGGAAAGCCAGUUAACAAAGAUAAUGUGCCUCUACCUACUGACUCACAAGGAAAUUAUGUUUCAGUGCCAGAAGGCGAAGAUGGAGUCGCGAAACAACUACCAACCGAUGAGUCUGGAAAUGUUAUUCAUCCAAUCACAAAACCAGACGGAACUCCUUUGGCUACUGAUGACUCGGGCAACUUCAUAACUGACGAUGGCACGAUUAUUCAAAAAGAUGAUGAAGGCAAGCCAAUUGGGCCAGACGGACAAAUUCUUGCUACAGACUCUACAGGAAAUUAUAUCUACCCAGUAACAGGAAAAGAUGGAGAACCACUUCCUACAGAUGAAAAUAAUCGACCAAUUUAUCCGAUUGUUGGAGCUGAUGGCACACCAUUGCCGACCGAUGCCUCUGGAGCAUAUAUUGGACCAGAUGGUGAACCAAUUUCCACAGAUUCAAGCGGAAAGCCAGUUAACAAAGAUAAUGUGCCUCUACCUACUGACUCACAAGGAAAUUAUGUUUCAGUGCCAGAAGGCGAAGAUGGAGUCGCGAAACAACUACCAACCGAUGAGUCUGGAAAUGUUAUUCAUCCAAUCACAAAACCAGACGGAACUCCUUUGGCUACUGAUGACUCGGGCAACUUCAUAACUGACGAUGGCACGAUUAUUCAAAAAGAUGAUGAAGGCAAGCCAAUUGGGCCAGACGGACAAAUUCUUGCUACAGACUCUACAGGAAAUUAUAUCUACCCAGUAACAGGAAAAGAUGGAGAACCACUUCCUACAGAUGAAAAUAAUCGACCAAUUUAUCCGAUUGUUGGAGCUCAUGGCACACCAUUGCCGACCGAUGCCUCUGGAGCUUAUAUUGGACCAGAUGGUGAACCAAUUUCCACAGAUUCAAGCGGAAAGCCAGUUAACAAAGAUAAUGUGCCUCUACCUACUGACUCACAAGGAAAUUAUGUUUCAGUGCCAGAAGGCGAAGAUGGAGUCGCAAAACAACUACCAACUGAUGAGUCUGGAAAUGUUAUUCAUCCAAUCACAAAACCAGACGGAACUCCUUUGGCUACUGAUGACUCGGGCAACUUCAUAACUGACGAUGGCACGAUUAUUCAAAAAGAUGAUGAAGGCAAGCCAAUUGGGCCAGACGGACAAAUUCUUGCUACAGACUCUACAGGAAAUUAUAUCUACCCAGUAACAGGAAAAGAUGGAGAACCACUUCCUACAGAUGAAAAUAAUCGACCAAUUUAUCCGAUUGUUGGAGCUCAUGGCACACCAUUGCCGACCGAUGCCUCUGGAGCUUAUAUUGGACCAGAUGGUGAACCAAUUUCCACAGAUUCAAGCGGAAAGCCAGUUAACAAAGAUAAUGUGCCUCUACCUACUGACUCACAAGGAAAUUAUGUUUCAGUGCCAGAAGGCGAAGAUGGAGUCGCAAAACAACUACCAACUGAUGAGUCUGGAAAUGUUAUUCAUCCAAUCACAAAACCAGACGGAACUCCUUUGGCUACUGAUGACUCUGGUAACUUCAUAACUGACGAUGGCUCGAUUAUUCAAAAAGAUGAUGAAGGCAAGCCAAUUGGGCCAGACGGACAAAUUCUUGCCACCGAUAAUUCUGGAAAUUACAUCUAUCCAGUAACAGGAAAAGAUGGAGAACCACUUCCUACAGAUGAAAAUAAUCGACCAAUUUAUCCGAUUAUUGGAGCUGAUGGCACACCAUUGCCGACCGAUGCCUCUGGAGCUUACAUUGAUUCAAACGGAAAUCCAAUUUCUACAGAUUCAAGUGGAAAGCCAGUUAACAAAGAUAAUGUGCCUCUACCUACUGACUCACAAGGAAAUUAUGUUUCAGUACCAGAAGGCGAAGAUGGAGUCGCGAAACAACUACCAACUGAUGAGUCUGGAAAUGUUAUUCAUCCAAUCACAAAACCAGACGGAACUCCUUUGGCUACUGAUGACUCGGGCAACUUCAUAACUGACGAUGGCACGAUUAUUCAAAAAGACGAUGAAGGCAAGCCAAUUGGGCCAGACGGACAAAUUCUUGCUACCGAUAAUUCUGGAAAUUACAUCUACCCAGUAACAGGAAAAGAUGGAGAACCACUUCCUACAGAUGAAAAUAAUCGACCAAUUUAUCCGAUUGUUGGAGCUGAUGGCACACCAUUGCCGACCGAUGCCUCUGGAGCUUAUAUUGGACCAGAUGGUGAACCAAUUUCCACAGAUUCAAGCGGAAAGCCAGUUAACAAAGAUAAUGUUCCUCUACCUACUGACUCACAAGGAAAUUAUGUUUCAGUCCCAGAAGGCGAAGAUGGAGUCACAAAACAACUACCAACCGAUGAGUCUGGAAAUGUUAUUCAUCCAAUCACAAAACCAGACGGAACUCCUUUGGCUACUGAUGACUCUGGUAACUUCAUAACUGACGAUGGCACGAUUAUUCAAAAAGAUGAUGAAGGCAAGCCAAUUGGGCCAGACGGACAAAUUCUUGCUACAGACUCUACAGGAAAUUACAUCUACCCAGUAACAGGAAAAGAUGGAGAACCACUUCCUACAGAUGAAAAUAAUCGACCAAUUUAUCCGAUUGUUGGAGCUGAUGGCACACCAUUGCCGACCGAUGCCUCUGGAGCUUAUAUUGGACCAGAUGGUGAACCAAUUUCCACAGAUUCAAGCGGAAAGCCAGUUAACAAAGAUAAUGUUCCUCUACCUACUGACUCACAAGGAAAUUAUGUUUCAGUGCCAGAAGGCGAAGAUGGAGUCGCGAAACAACUACCAACCGAUGAGUCUGGAAAUGUUAUUCAUCCAAUCACAAAACCAGACGGAACUCCUUUGGCUACUGAUGACUCGAGCAACUUCAUAACUGACGAUGGCACGAUUAUUCAAAAAGACGAUGAAGGCAAGCCAAUUGGGCCAGACGGACAAAUUCUUGCUACCGAUAAUUCUGGAAAUUACAUCUACCCAGUAACAGGAAAAGAUGGAGAACCACUUCCUACAGAUGAAAAUAAUCGACCAAUUUAUCCGAUUGUUGGAGCUGAUGGCACACCAUUGCCGACCGAUGCCUCUGGAGCUUAUAUUGGACCAGAUGGUGAACCAAUUUCCACAGAUUCAAGCGGAAAGCCAGUUAACAAAGAUAAUGUUCCUCUACCUACUGACUCACAAGGAAAUUAUGUUUCAGUGCCAGAAGGCGAAGAUGGAGUCGCGAAACAACUACCAACCGAUGAGUCUGGAAAUGUUAUUCAUCCAAUCACAAAACCAGACGGAACUCCUUUGGCUACUGAUGACUCUGGUAACUUCAUAACUGACGAUGGCUCGAUUAUUCAAAAAGAUGAUGAAGGCAAGCCAAUUGGGCCAGACGGACAAAUUCUUGCCACCGAUAAUUCUGGAAAUUACAUCUAUCCAGUAACAGGAAAAGAUGGAGAACCACUUCCUACAGAUGAAAAUAAUCGACCAAUUUAUCCGAUUAUUGGAGCUGAUGGCACACCAUUGCCGACCGAUGCCUCUGGAGCUUACAUUGAUUCAAACGGAAAUCCAAUUUCUACAGAUUCAAGUGGAAAGCCAGUUAACAAAGAUAAUGUUCCUCUACCUACUGACUCACAAGGAAAUUAUGUUUCAGUACCAGAAGGCGAAGAUGGAGUCGCGAAACAACUACCAACUGAUGAGUCUGGAAAUGUUAUUCAUCCAAUCACAAAACCAGACGGAACUCCUUUGGCUACUGAUGACUCUGGUAACUUCAUAACUGACGAUGGCUCGAUUAUUCAAAAAGAUGAUGAAGGCAAGCCAAUUGGGCCAGACGGACAAAUUCUUGCCACCGAUAAUUCUGGAAAUUACAUCUAUCCAGUAACAGGAAAAGAUGGAGAACCACUUCCUACAGAUGAAAAUAAUCGACCAAUUUAUCCGAUUGUUGGAGCUGAUGGCACACCAUUGCCGACCGAUGCCUCUGGAGCUUACAUUGAUUCAAACGGAAAUCCAAUUUCUACAGAUUCAAGUGGAAAGCCAGUUAACAAAGAUAAUGUUCCUCUACCAACUGACUCACAAGGAAAUUAUGUUUCAGUGCCAGAAGGCGAAGAUGGAGUCGCGAAACAACUACCAACCGAUGAGUCUGGAAAUGUUAUUCAUCCAAUCACAAAACCAGACGGAACUCCUUUGGCUACUGAUGACUCUGGUAACUUCAUAACUGACGAUGGCACGAUUAUUCAAAAAGAUGAUGAAGGCAAGCCAAUUGGGCCAGACGGACAAAUUCUUGCAACAGACUCUACAGGAAAUUACAUCUACCCAGUAACAGGAAAAGAUGGAGAACCACUUCCUACAGAUGAAAAUAAUCGACCAAUUUAUCCGAUUGUUGGAGCUGAUGGCACACCAUUGCCGACCGAUGCCUCUGGAGCUUAUAUUGGACCAGAUGGUGAACCAAUUUCCACAGAUUCAAGCGGAAAGCCAGUUAACAAAGAUAAUGUUCCUCUACCUACUGACUCACAAGGAAAUUAUGUUUCAGUGCCAGAAGGCGAAGAUGGAGUCGCGAAACAACUACCAACCGAUGAGUCUGGAAAUGUUAUUCAUCCAAUCACAAAACCAGACGGAACUCCUUUGGCUACUGAUGACUCGGGCAACUUCAUAACUGACGAUGGCACGAUUAUUCAAAAAGACGAUGAAGGCAAGCCAAUUGGGCCAGACGGACAAAUUCUUGCUACCGAUAAUUCUGGAAAUUACAUCUACCCAGUAACAGGAAAAGAUGGAGAACCACUUCCUACAGAUGAAAAUAAUCGACCAAUUUAUCCGAUUGUUGGAGCUGAUGGCACACCAUUGCCGACCGAUGCCUCUGGAGCUUAUAUUGGACCAGAUGGUGAACCAAUUUCCACAGAUUCAAGCGGAAAGCCAGUUAACAAAGAUAAUGUUCCUCUACCUACUGACUCACAAGGAAAUUAUGUUUCAGUGCCAGAAGGCGAAGAUGGAGUCGCGAAAGAACUACCAACCGAUGAGUCUGGAAAUGUUAUUCAUCCAAUCACGAAACCAGACGGAACUCCUUUGGCUACUGAUGACUCGGGCAACUUCAUAACUGACGAUGGCACGAUUAUUCAAAAAGAUGAUGAAGGCAAGCCAAUUGGGCCAGACGGACAAAUUCUUGCUACAGACUCUACAGGAAAUUAUAUCUACCCAGUAACAGGAAAAGAUGGAGAACUACUUCCUACAGAUGAAAAUAAUCGACCAAUUUAUCCGAUUGUUGGAGCUGAUGGCACACCAUUGCCGACCGAUGCCUCUGGAGCUUAUAUUGGACCAGAUGGUGAACCAAUUUCCACAGAUUCAAGCGGAAAGCCAGUUAACAAAGAUAAUGUUCCUCUACCUACUGACUCACAAGGAAAUUAUGUUUCAGUGCCAGAAGGCGAAGAUGGAGUCGCGAAACAACUACCAACCGAUGAGUCUGGAAAUGUUAUUCAUCCAAUCACAAAACCAGACGGAACUCCUUUGGCUACUGAUGACUCUGGUAACUUCAUAACUGACGAUGGCUCGAUUAUUCAAAAAGAUGAUGAAGGCAAGCCAAUUGGGCCAGACGGACAAAUUCUUGCCACCGAUAAUUCUGGAAAUUACAUCUAUCCAGUAACAGGAAAAGAUGGAGAACCACUUCCUACAGAUGAAAAUAAUCGACCAAUUUAUCCGAUUAUUGGAGCUGAUGGCACACCAUUGCCGACCGAUGCCUCUGGAGCUUACAUUGAUUCAAACGGAAAUCCAAUUUCUACAGAUUCAAGUGGAAAGCCAGUUAACAAAGAUAAUGUUCCUCUACCUACUGACUCACAAGGAAAUUAUGUUUCAGUACCAGAAGGCGAAGAUGGAGUCGCGAAACAACUACCAACUGAUGAGUCUGGAAAUGUUAUUCAUCCAAUCACAAAACCAGACGGAACUCCUUUGGCUACUGAUGACUCGGGCAACUUCAUAACUGACGAUGGCACGAUUAUUCAAAAAGACGAUGAAGGCAAGCCAAUUGGGCCAGACGGACAAAUUCUUGCUACCGAUAAUUCUGGAAAUUACAUCUACCCAGUAACAGGAAAAGAUGGAGAACCACUUCCUACAGAUGAAAAUAAUCGACCAAUUUAUCCGAUUGUUGGAGCUGAUGGCACACCAUUGCCGACCGAUGCCUCUGGAGCUUAUAUUGGGCCAGAUGGUGAACCAAUUUCCACAGAUUCAAGCGGAAAGCCAGUUAACAAAGAUAAUGUUCCUCUACCUACUGACUCACAAGGAAAUUAUGUUUCAGUGCCAGAAGGCGAAGAUGGAGUCGCGAAACAACUACCAACCGAUGAGUCUGGAAAUGUUAUUCAUCCAAUCACAAAACCAGACGGAACUCCUUUGGCUACUGAUGACUCGGGCAACUUCAUAACUGACGAUGGCACGAUUAUUCAAAAAGAUGAUGAAGGCAAGCCAAUUGGGCCAGACGGACAAAUUCUUGCUACAGACUCUACAGGAAAUUAUAUCUACCCAGUAACAGGAAAAGAUGGAGAACCACUUCCUACAGAUGAAAAUAAUCGACCAAUUUAUCCGAUUGUUGGAGCUGAUGGCACACCAUUGCCGACCGAUGCCUCUGGAGCUUAUAUUGAUUCAAACGGAAAUCCAAUUUCUACAGAUUCAAGCGGAAAGCCAGUUAACAAAGAUAAUGUUCCUCUACCUACUGACUCACAAGGAAAUUAUGUUUCAGUGCCAGAAGGCGAAGAUGGAGUCGCGAAACAACUACCAACCGAUGAGUCUGGAAAUGUUAUUCAUCCAAUCACAAAACCAGACGGAACUCCUUUGGCUACUGAUGACUCGGGCAACUUCAUAACUGACGAUGGCACGAUUAUUCAAAAAGAUGAUGAAGGCAAGCCAAUUGGGCCAGACGGACAAAUUCUUGCUACAGACUCUACAGGAAAUUAUAUCUAUCCAGUAACAGGAAAAGAUGGAGAACCACUUCCUACAGAUGAAAAUAAUCGACCAUUUUAUCCGAUUGUUGGAGCUGAUGGCACACCAUUGCCGACCGAUGCCUCUGGAGCUUACAUUGAUUCAAACGGAAAUCCAAUUUCUACAGAUUCAAGUGGAAAGCCAGUUAACAAAGAUAAUGUGCCUCUACCUACUGACUCACAAGGAAAUUAUGUUUCAGUGCCAGAAGGCGAAGAUGGAGUCGCGAAACAACUACCAACCGAUGAGUCCGGAAAUGUUAUUCAUCCAAUCACAAAACCAGACGGAACUCCUUUGGCUACUGAUGACUCUGGUAACUUCAUAACUGACGAUGGCUCGAUUAUUCAAAAAGAUGAUGAAGGCAAGCCAAUUGGGCCAGACGGACAAAUUCUUGCCACCGAUAAUUCUGGAAAUUACAUCUAUCCAGUAACAGGAAAAGAUGGAGAACCACUUCCUACAGAUGAAAAUAAUCGACCAAUUUAUCCGAUUGUUGGAGCUGAUGGCACACCAUUGCCGACCGAUGCCUCUGGAGCUUACAUUGAUUCAAACGGAAAUCCAAUUUCUACAGAUUCAAGCGGAAAGCCAGUUAACAAAGAUAAUGUUCCUCUACCUACUGACUCACAAGGAAAUUAUGUUUCAGUGCCAGAAGGCGAAGAUGGAGUCGCGAAACAACUACCAACCGAUGAGUCUGGAAAUGUUAUUCAUCCAAUCACAAAACCAGACGGAACUCCUUUGGCUACUGAUGACUCGGGCAACUUCAUAACUGACGAUGGCACGAUUAUUCAAAAAGAUGAUGAAGGCAAGCCAAUUGGGCCAGACGGACAAAUUCUUGCUACAGACUCUACAGGAAAUUAUAUCUACCCAGUAACAGGAAAAGAUGGAGAACCACUUCCUACAGAUGAAAAUAAUCGACCAAUUUAUCAGAUUGUUGGAGCUGAUGGCACACCAUUGCCGACCGAUGCCUCUGGAGCUUAUAUUGAUUCAAACAGAAAUCCAAUUUCUACAGAUUCAAGCGGAAAGCCAGUUAACAAAGAUAAUGUUCCUCUACCUACUGACUCACAAGGAAAUUAUGUUUCAGUGCCAGAAGGCGAAGAUGGAGUCGCGAAACAACUACCAACCGAUGAGUCUGGAAAUGUUAUUCAUCCAAUCACAAAACCAGACGGAACUCCUUUGGCUACUGAUGACUCGGGCAACUUCAUAACUGACGAUGGCACGAUUAUUCAAAAAGAUGAUGAAGGCAAGCCAAUUGGGCCAGACGGACAAAUUCUUGCUACAGACUCUACAGGAAAUUAUAUCUAUCCAGUAACAGGAAAAGAUGGAGAACCACUUCCUACAGAUGAAAAUAAUCGACCAUUUUAUCCGAUUGUUGGAGCUGAUGGCACACCAUUGCCGACCGAUGCCUCUGGAGCUUACAUUGAUUCAAACGGAAAUCCAAUUUCUACAGAUUCAAGUGGAAAGCCAGUUAACAAAGAUAAUGUGCCUCUACCUACUGACUCACAAGGAAAUUAUGUUUCAGUGCCAGAAGGCGAAGAUGGAGUCGCGAAACAACUACCAACCGAUGAGUCCGGAAAUGUUAUUCAUCCAAUCACAAAACCAGACGGAACUCCUUUGGCUACUGAUGACUCUGGUAACUUCAUAACUGACGAUGGCUCGAUUAUUCAAAAAGAUGAUGAAGGCAAGCCAAUUGGGCCAGACGGACAAAUUCUUGCCACCGAUAAUUCUGGAAAUUACAUCUAUCCAGUAACAGGAAAAGAUGGAGAACCACUUCCUACAGAUGAAAAUAAUCGACCAAUUUAUCCGAUUGUUGGAGCUGAUGGCACACCAUUGCCGACCGAUGCCUCUGGAGCUUACAUUGAUUCAAACGGAAAUCCAAUUUCUACAGAUUCAAGUGGAAAGCCAGUUAACAAAGAUAAUGUUCCUCUACCUACUGACUCACAAGGAAAUUAUGUUUCAGUGCCAGAAGGCGAAGAUGGAGUCGCGAAACAACUACCAACCGAUGAGUCUGGAAAUGUUAUUCAUCCAAUCACAAAACCAGACGGAACUCCUUUGGCUACUGAUGACUCGGGCAACUUCAUAACUGACGAUGGCACGAUUAUUCAAAAAGACGAUGAAGGCAAGCCAAUUGGGCCAGACGGACAAAUUCUUGCUACCGAUAAUUCUGGAAAUUACAUCUACCCAGUAACAGGAAAAGAUGGAGAACCACUUCCUACAGAUGAAAAUAAUCGACCAAUUUAUCCGAUUGUUGGAGCUGAUGGCACACCAUUGCCGACCGAUGCCUCUGGAGCUUAUAUUGGACCAGAUGGUGAACCAAUUUCCACAGAUUCAAGCGGAAAGCCAGUUAACAAAGAUAAUGUUCCUCUACCUACUGACUCACAAGGAAAUUAUGUUUCAGUGCCAGAAGGCGAAGAUGGAGUCGCGAAACAACUACCAACCGAUGAGUCUGGAAAUGUUAUUCAUCCAAUCACAAAACCAGACGGAACUCCUUUGGCUACUGAUGACUCUGGUAACUUCAUAACUGACGAUGGCACGAUUAUUCAAAAAGAUGAUGAAGGCAAGCCAAUUGGGCCAGACGGACAAAUUCUUGCUACAGACUCUACAGGAAAUUAUAUCUACCCAGUAACAGGAAAAGAUGGAGAACCACUUCCUACAGAUGAAAAUAAUCGACCAAUUUAUCCGAUUGUUGGAGCUGAUGGCACACCAUUGCCGACCGAUGCCUCUGGAGCAUAUAUUGGACCAGAUGGUGAACCAAUUUCCACAGAUUCAAGUGGAAAGCCAGUUAACAAAGAUAAUGUGCCUCUACCUACUGACUCACAAGGAAAUUAUGUUUCAGUGCCAGAAGGCGAAGAUGGAGUCGCGAAACAACUACCAACCGAUGAGUCUGGAAAUGUUAUUCAUCCAAUCACAAAACCAGACGGAACUCCUUUGGCUACUGAUGACUCGGGCAACUUCAUAACUGACGAUGGCACGAUUAUUCAAAAAGACGAUGAAGGCAAGCCAAUUGGGCCAGACGGACAAAUUCUUGCUACCGAUAAUUCUGGAAAUUACAUCUACCCAGUAACAGGAAAAGAUGGAGAACCACUUCCUACAGAUGAAAAUAAUCGACCAAUUUAUCCGAUUGUUGGAGCUGAUGGCACACCAUUGCCGACCGAUGCCUCUGGAGCUUAUAUUGGACCAGAUGGUGAACCAAUUUCCACAGAUUCAAGCGGAAAGCCAGUUAACAAAGAUAAUGUUCCUCUACCUACUGACUCACAAGGAAAUUAUGUUUCAGUGCCAGAAGGCGAAGAUGGAGUCGCGAAACAACUACCAACCGAUGAGUCUGGAAAUGUUAUUCAUCCAAUCACAAAACCAGACGGAACUCCUUUGGCUACUGAUGACUCUGGUAACUUCAUAACUGACGAUGGCACGAUUAUUCAAAAAGAUGAUGAAGGCAAGCCAAUUGGGCCAGACGGACAAAUUCUUGCUACAGACUCUACAGGAAAUUAUAUCUACCCAGUAACAGGAAAAGAUGGAGAACCACUUCCUACAGAUGAAAAUAAUCGACCAAUUUAUCCGAUUGUUGGAGCUGAUGGCACACCAUUGCCGACCGAUGCCUCUGGAGCAUAUAUUGGACCAGAUGGUGAACCAAUUUCCACAGAUUCAAGUGGAAAGCCAGUUAACAAAGAUAAUGUGCCUCUACCUACUGACUCACAAGGAAAUUAUGUUUCAGUGCCAGAAGGCGAAGAUGGAGUCGCGAAACAACUACCAACCGAUGAGUCUGGAAAUGUUAUUCAUCCAAUCACAAAACCAGACGGAACUCCUUUGGCUACUGAUGACUCGGGCAACUUCAUAACUGACGAUGGCACGAUUAUUCAAAAAGAUGAUGAAGGCAAGCCAAUUGGGCCAGACGGACAAAUUCUUGCUACAGACUCUACAGGAAAUUAUAUCUACCCAGUAACAGGAAAAGAUGGAGAACCACUUCCUACAGAUGAAAAUAAUCGACCAAUUUAUCCGAUUGUUGGAGCUGAUGGCACACCAUUGCCGACCGAUGCCUCUGGAGCUUACAUUGAUUCAAACGGAAAUCCAAUUUCUACAGAUUCAAGCGGAAAGCCAGUUAACAAAGAUAAUGUUCCUCUACCUACUGACUCACAAGGAAAUUAUGUUUCAGUGCCAGAAGGCGAAGAUGGAGUCGCGAAACAACUACCAACCGAUGAGUCUGGAAAUGUUAUUCAUCCAAUCACAAAACCAGACGGAACUCCUUUGGCUACUGAUGACUCGGGCAACUUCAUAACUGACGAUGGCACGAUUAUUCAAAAAGACGAUGAAGGCAAGCCAAUUGGGCCAGACGGACAAAUUCUUGCUACAGACUCUACAGGAAAUUAUAUCUACCCAGUAACAGGAAAAGAUGGAGAACCACUUCCUACAGAUGAAAAUAAUCGACCAAUUUAUCCGAUUGUUGGAGCUGAUGGCACACCAUUGCCGACCGAUGCCUCUGGAGCUUAUAUUGGACCAGAUGGUGAACCAAUUUCCACAGAUUCAAGCGGAAAGCCAGUUAACAAAGAUAAUGUUCCUCUACCUACUGACUCACAAGGAAAUUAUGUUUCAGUGCCAGAAGGCGAAGAUGGAGUCGCGAAACAACUACCAACCGAUGAGUCUGGAAAUGUUAUUCAUCCAAUCACAAAACCAGACGGAACUCCUUUGGCUACUGAUGACUCGGGCAACUUCAUAACUGACGAUGGCACGAUUAUUCAAAAAGAUGAUGAAGGCAAGCCAAUUGGGCCAGACGGACAAAUUCUUGCUACCGAUAAUUCUGGAAAUUACAUCUACCCAGUAACAGGAAAAGAUGGAGAACCACUUCCGACAGAUGAAAAUAAUCGACCAAUUUAUCCGAUUGUUGGAGCUGAUGGCACACCAUUGCCGACCGAUGCCUCUGGAGCUUACAUUGAUUCAAACGGAAAUCCAAUUUCUACAGAUUCAAGUGGAAAGCCAGUUAACAAAGAUAAUGUUCCUCUACCUACUGACUCACAAGGAAAUUAUGUUUCAGUGCCAGAAGGCGAAGAUGGAGUCGCGAAACAACUACCAACCGAUGAGUCUGGAAAUGUUAUUCAUCCAAUCACAAAACCAGACGGAACUCCUUUGGCUACUGAUGACUCUGGUAACUUCAUAACUGACGAUGGCUCGAUUAUUCAAAAAGAUGAUGAAGGCAAGCCAAUUGGGCCAGACGGACAAAUUCUUGCUACAGACUCUACAGGAAAUUACAUCUAUCCAGUUUUCGGUCCAAAUGGGCAACCUCUGCCAACAGAUAAAAAUAAUUUACCUAUUUAUAGUGUGAUAGGAAAACAAGGAGACGUUCUUCCUACUGAUGAACGUGGUAGAUCUAUUGAUAACGACGGAAGCUUAAUUCCAACAGAUGAGACUGGAAAACCGAUAGAUCAGUAUGGAAUUGUGUUACCUACGGAUGCAGCGAGACGACUUUACACAAUAGUUCCAACAAGAAAACCAUCGAAACAUUGCUUCGUUACAUCUCACAUCGAUUUGUUAUUGGUUAUUGAUUCUUCAAACAAUAUCAAAAUCCUGGAUUAUCGGGUUAUGAAAGAAUUGAUCAAAAAUUUCCUCACAGAUCAUUUCAACUUGAAGAAACAUCAGGUAAUUACUACAAAAAUAAUCAGUUUAAAUGAUUUCAAUUGAAGUCUUUGGUGAAGCGGCUUCACUGAAGCCUAAUGUUGAACUUGAUUUAAAAAUUUCUAUCGACCCCUGGGAAAUUUUUACGCGGUUUUGUAAAACGUAAAAUUCCCAGGUCUGUUCUUAUUCAAAUAAUUUCAUCCAUGAUCAAAAUAUUAUGUUUCAGGUUCGUGUUGGCUUAGUGAAAUAUGGAGAUGGUGCUGAAAUCCCCAUCUCUUUGGGUGAUUAUAAUAAUGAAGAUGAACUAGUGAUGCGUAUAAGUGAAUCUCGAAGAUUGAAAGGAAGAUCACAAUUGGGCUCUGGUUUGAGAGAAUCAUUAGAUGAGCUCACCAUAUCUGGUGUUGAAAGUGUUCCUCAAGUUGUGAUAAUUUUCAAAAAUGGACCUGCCGUGUAAGUACAUUUACAUAUUUUCUCUUGCAAACUCGUUGGUUUUUCAGCGAUGAUUAUGAGUCAUGGUCAAAAUCAUUGCGAUCAGAGCGUAAUGUUACAAUUUUCGUUGUCGAUGCUGGAGACGAGAGCAGUCAAGUUCAAGAUAACACUAUCACCGAAAAAGAUAAUAUCGUUGUUAUCCCACAAUGGCGAGGAUCCGAUUCCGAAAUUUUAGGACCGAUUGCUGACAGAAUAUGCCAGGUUUUCAAUUUUUACACAGAUUUUUAAAAACAUAAGUUAUUUAGAUCAUUCCGAAUGUUGCAACAACUCAAACAUGGCCUACUCCUAGAACAAGAGUGACAACUCCGAGUGGGAUGGGAAAGAAAUGUUCAUCGGUGGACUACGAGGCUGAUGUUAUUUUUGUAUUGGACUCAUCCGAAAACUUUGGAACAGACGAAUUCAAUGAAAUGAAGGAGGCUGUUGCCGGAAUCGUGGAUAGUGGAUUCGAUCUUUCCCCAGAUAUUGCUCGUAUAGGAUUCGUGAUUUACAGGUACUAUUUGUUUUGCUUGACCUCUUUCCUUCCACCAAUUUAAAAUUUAGUACAUGUUUUGCACAUUUUUUAUUUAACUUGAAAAAAAAACGUCGGAAACUUUUUGAGAAUUUUUAAUGAGUGGACUUGUAACGGUUUUAUCAAAACACGUCAGGCAAAAUUCAUUUCCCCCAAAAUAUGCAUUUCUAUUUAGCGACAAAGUGGCAGUUCCUGUUGCGUUAGGACACUAUGAUGACAAAAUAGAGUUAAUGGAAAAAAUUGUGGAGGCUGAAAAAAUUAAUGAUGGAAUCGCAAUUGCUCUUUACGGAUUACAAGCAGCUCGUCAACAGUUCCAGGUAUGUAGAUACCACCAGAAAUAAAAUACAGGAGUACAUUUACAGCUUCAUGGACGUGAAAAUGCGACGAAAAUAGUUGUAGUGAUUACAAACGGUAAAAACAGAGGAAAUGCUGCAGCUGCAGCUGAAGAUUUGAGAGAUAUGUAUGAUGUGAAACUAUUUGCGAUAGCUGUUGGUUCGAACUCAGAUGAGUUGUCUACUCUCAAACGUUUAGUUGGUAAGUUAUUGAACUAAUGAACUGUAAUAUAACAACAUCAACGUUAUUUAGGAAUCAGUAAUAGUGAGAAUGUUAUCGAGGUGAAAUCAGCGAACGAGGUAGAUGAUAAUGCUUCCAGCAUCAUGAAAACCUUGUGUGGAUUAACAGCACCAAAUCAAAGAUUUGUUGAAGCAGCAUAUCAUCUUACAACCAAAAGAGAUGUUGCUAAAGGGUAUGUCAAUAAAAAUAUUCUCAGCAUAUAGAAGAUAUUUGAUUCAGAUAUACAACAGCUCCUAUGUUGAGAACAACUAGAGCUGUUUCGGGAGGCUUAUGUAACGACGGCAUUCAUAGACCAUAUCACUUUAAUAUUCUUAUUGAUGUUACUUCGAGAUCUUCUGAAGAGGUUUGAUUCCAGAGUAAUAAUAUAGCAUAAUUGUUUUUUUUAGGAAUUCCGUAAAGUUUUGAACCAUAUUAACAAUUUCUUUGUUGAUCGACUCAGAGAUGAAAUUCACAUGAUAACGUGAGAAAAUUUAAAACUUUUUGACGUAUUCAGAAAAAAACGCUUGUCUUACAGUAUAAACAUCGUCACAGUGAACAGUGAAAAAGUGAGAGAAGCUUUCAAUGGAGUACAAGUUGAUCAACUUUCCGAAAUUUUGAACGGUAUCCAGCAACAAAAGUGAGUAAAGUUUUUCCCUGUAGAAAAUUUCAAAAAACAACUUUCGUUUUUUUUCAGGGAUGAUACCGUAUCUCCAAAGCUUGGUGCUGGAAUAGACUCUUUAGUUGGUAUUUCUAAUGAAAACUAUAUAAGUGGCGCUGUGAAACUCAUGAUAAUCGUAAGCAGUGAUGGAACAACGAGUGACGAAGCAAUACCAUCUGCCGAAUAUGCAAACGGCGACUUCGAGCACAACAUAAUCACAAUUUCGAUCAGAAAGCCAGCAACGGAACUUUUGUCGCAAAUAUCUGGACUUCCAACUAGGUUUGUUGAAUGUCUCUUGACCAUAUUAAAUGUUUAUUUUUUCAGAGUUAUUCAUCUCGAUGAAUGGUCGGCGCCCAAUGAGCUCUUCGAUAGUUGGAUUACGUAUAUUACUUGUGAUUAUGCUACUGCGAGCACAACGAAAAAAUCGACUACAGUAAAAAUGACAACUUCUCGACCAUACGGUACUAAUUGAAAUUAAAUAAAAAAAUUUUAAGUCAUUUUUUUUUCAGAUCGAGAAGCUUCGAAAGAAGAUGCAACAAAUAUUGAAAUUGUACCACUAUCGCCUAAUUCGGUGUCAGUUUCUUGGACAUGUUGCACCAAUAAUAAAUCGGUAUGAAAGUAACAAUUUUUUCAAAGCAGACAAUAUUCUUUCAGAACUACACCAUAAUGUAUACACCUGACGUUAGUAUUCCUAAAGAAAAUUGGCAAACCAAAGAAGUGACGUGUCGCGACAGUUUUGGAUAUCAUGUUGAGGUAAUGACAAGGUUUAGGGAGUCAAAAAUUCCAGGGCAAAGUUUUUCAAAGCCCCAAAAUUUUCAAAAACACUAUCAAAAAAAUAAAUUUCUGCAGGAACUUCCAACCGACCACACCUAUACAUUCUGUGUUAUGACAUCUGAACGUAGCAAAAAUACAACUGCUCUGGAAAUUGACAAUAACUGUGGAUCAGUUUCACUCAAUACAGGUAUGAAUAGAAUCAAUGAUUCACUUGCACUAUCAAAAAAUUUCAGAAACCAAAGCUCCUGAGAACUAUGCGAAACCAACAACAUCGAGCUGUAAUUGUCAGUGCUCACAAGGAAAAGCAGUUCUUAGAGCAACUUGUGAUAUGGUUAUCGAUACCAAUAGACCAAUUGCUACAUUACCACCAGCUACUGUUGAAGAAUGUCCUUGCCAAGUAAAAUCACAUGGUGGAAGAUGUCCAAAAGGUUACAUUUCUAAAGACGGGCAAUGCUUCGGUAUGUUUUAAGUUGAACCAAUUUUUGCUAACAUUAAUUUAAUUCAGACAUUGACGAGUGUGGAACAAACAACGGAAGAUGUUCUGAUGGAUGCGUCAACACACCAGGAUCAUAUUACUGUGCUUGUCCACAUGGAAUGAUGAGAGAUCCGCUCGAUCCUUUCAACUGUGUGAACUCCGCAAAUUCGUAAGUCCAACAAUCCACUUGACAUCUAAUGAAAAGGUUCAGGUUCGACAAAAUUGCGCAACUCCUGGCAACAUAUUUAGAGGCAAACACAAAAAAGAACAAUGCAGAAGUCACAUCUACAAAGAAUGGUGAUCGAAUCAAUUACAAGGUUUGUCAUUUCUACUUGGUCGAAUCUGAUCUUGGUUCCAAUCAAGAAACAAUAUAAUAAACCACUUUACCUCUUUUCAGGCAACAAUCAAAUCACAAGAUGACAAAACAAUAACCUUUGAAUGGUCACACGUGCCUGAAGUGGUACGACGUGCUUUGAAAUGGUUAUUCUAA